GGAAAAGAAGGAAGAUCUGCCCAGAGAGAGACGGAGAAAGCAAGAGGCAGACAAGAGAGCGCGCUCGGCGGGGCGAAUACAUGGGCCAACAUUAGGACCCAGAGAAGCCGGCGAUGAUUUGGGCAGUAGGUAAAAAAGCUCCGCUGACAUUCCUGGCAUUCCGGCGCGGGGAAAUAGGGGCUGUUUGGAGUAUUUCGUGCGUGUUUGUUUGCUGCUUUUUCGGAGCGCCUGCAAACGGCGCUUUGCAAGGACGCAGCCUGUCAUUUGCGCGCUUGGGGAGGGGGGGAGAGACACCCCUCCUCUCCCCAUUGCUUCUCUCCUCUCCUCCCCUUCCUUCUCUUUUCUUUUUCCUGGGCUGGGCUGGAAGUGGGAAGCUGAGCCGCGCUCGCUUCGCGGGGUCUCUUGCGGGGAAACUUCGGAGCCAAAGAGGUAAUGACGGAACUGUGCGCGGUGCGGGAGAGAGAGAGAGAGGAAAAGCCCGGGGCAGCCACCGCGUCAUCCUCAGCAGGGAUGAUGGAGAGGGGAAAGUGCGGAGUUGCCUGCCAAUUUUAGGACUCCCCACCCCCCUCCACUCCCUAGGCAUGGAUGUUCAUAGCGAUCUGGAAAGCCAGAGGGGCUAGUUGUGCUCUGGAAAACUUUUUGGACAUAUGGUAGGAAAGCUUUUCGUUUAGAGGGCCGGGGGAAAGUCCUGAUUUCUGUAAAGUUUAAUCCGGGCUGCUCCAUAGUUCAGCUGACUGCAUUGAAAAAAGUAGAGCACGGGGAGAGAGAGAGAGCAUGAGCAGAGCAGAGGAGCUGUCUCUAAUUUAAAAGUACACAGCAAUUAUUUGUAUCCUGCUUGGGGAGCUUUUCGACCAAGUGCCCUGUAAAUAUCCUGCAUAAAAUAAAGAGCUGAUUUCGAUAAGCGUGAUAUUUUCCUACAGCAGAGCAGUGCUGCGGGUAGAUGCCAGGAGGAAAAUAGCAAGAAGGAAGGACAUAUAGUGUAUUGAGAGUGUUCUUGAAAAAGCAGGGCAUAGCGUGCCAGGCUGUUUUUCAUUGCUUGACAGGAGGUUGCUGUAGCAUUGGGAAGCUCCUUUAGCUUUCCCCCUCGGUUACAGCGUGUAUCAAUGUGUGGUUUCCAAAAUAGGUCUGUCAUAUGGUGGCUUUGCUCUGCCUUUAGGGAGAUGAUCCAUGAUUGCCAGGUUUAGCGCUCUUUUGAGGCUCAAGAAAAGCUGGUGGCUUGUCAGAUUGGAGGGUUGGGGGAAUCCAAGGUCAGGGGGUUGCCACCUUUUGUUUCUCUGGAGAGGCUCUUGGCCCCCAAAGAGGUUUCCAACAAGCAGGCAUCCGUCCACACUGCAGAAGCAUUUUCCAUGUUGGGAUUUGCUUGGGCACCCUAUCAUGUUGUCUGUCUGUUAAAAAGAUUUGGCAACCCUUUCCAAGGGACGCAGUUAUAAAUGUAUGACUGUGUGGCGUGCCUGGUUUCUGAAGUGAACCAGGCCGGGGACCCACAAGCCUGAAAAGAACCUGUGAAGAACAUGGCUUCUGAAUGAGGCCAAGGCCCAUCUAGUCCACUUCCUGUCUUCGCAGUGUCCAACUAGAUGUCUGUGGGAAGCCUGCAAAGGAGGACCUGAGUCUUGCACCAUCUUUUCUAGAAGCUCUUCUUUGCGAUUGUGGAUGGGAUGGAGGCUGGGUGUGCUUGCUCAGUUAUCCCUCGCAUGCAGACCUUCCUAGACUUGCCGAUCAGAAGGUUGGCGGUUUGAAUCCCCACGACGGGGUGAGCUCCCGUUGCUCGGUCCCUGCUCCUGCCAACCUAGCACUUCGAAAGCAUGUCAAAGUGCAAGUAGAUAAAUAGGUACCACUCCGGCGGGAAGAUAAACGGUGUUUCGGUGCGCUGCUCUGAUUCACCAGAAGAGGCUUAGUCAUGCUGGCCACAUGACCCGGAAGCUGUACGCUGGCUCCCUUGGCCAAUAAAGCGAGAUGAGCGCCGCAACCCCAGCGUCGGCCACGACUGGACCUAAUGGUCAGGGGUCCCUUUACCUUUAGUUUAAAAAGGAGCUCAGUUGGCAGACCUGGGAAAUACCUGGGGAUGGGAGGGGGAGUAUUGCAGGAUCCAUAGCUCUGUGGCAGAGCACUUGCUUGGCUUGCAGAAGAUCCCAGGUCUGAUCCUGCGCAUCUCAACUUAUAAAACAAUCACGUACAAGUCGGUGGUGGGAGAGACCCUCUACCUGAAACCAUACAGAGGUCCUGCUGGGCAGAGUAGAAAAAAAUUACUAGCCUAGAUGGAUCAAUAGUCUGAUCUAACACUAAGCCUCCUCAUAGGUCUGAGACACAUGCAUUCACAUCGCACUGCAAAUGCUGCUGUGUGUGCAACAGCUAAGGAGUCUCGACUACAAAAUUGGUUUCGGUGGAACUUUGGCACCUAAAAUCCUAAAACACCUGUGACCCAAAUUCUCUGCAAGCAUGCCAUCUUCCUUGCUGGCCUACUCCUGGCCUUAAGAUGAAUAGAUGAUGCCCUCUUGGUAAUUCCUGUGCGGGAUGAAGUGUGUGGUGUUGAGGGUUCAGGAGAAAGCCUUUUGUAUCGAGGUGCACCCGGCCUCAACCCUAAUAUAACUUUAGGCGAUCAGUUAAGUGCACUUUUUUGGGCGGCUGGGUGGAGGAGGAGAGACCUAACUGGAUAAAUUAAUUGAUUUGUUGCUGCUGCUAUUAGCAAAUGGUUGUUGAUUUGUUAUGUAUUUGAGGGUUGUGUUAUUUUGUGGAUGUUACGCUUAGUUUUUAUCUUGUCUAGUUUUGUUGUAAACUGCCCUAUGGCUCAUAUAAGCACUCCAAAUAAAUAUUCUGAUGCCCCAAUACUGGCAAGAAGUUUAAAAAGAUAAACUUCUUUCUGAGCCUGUACAAUUCCGGCAAGGAAGCAACUCUGCCUGUAGGGUGGUAUGUGAUUCUACCAGUUCCGUUCACUUGUUUGUUUUUAGUGUAUGAAGAGAGCAGGAAAUAUUUCCAAUACCACAUAGUUUUCAGUCAACAAACAUUGCUACAAAAACGAAACAUGUCUUUUGUGUGGACCCUGGACUGGUCUCAAAAUGGUAUCAUAAUCUUCUCCAUAUUGCAGUAAUGCAAGGUGUGUGUGUGUGUGUGUGUGAUUUGGUUAAUUUCCAAAACAUAUUGACAGCUGAGAUAAAAAACCCAGCUCUUGGACAAGGUUUGUACAUUGUACCAUCCACGACACUGUGCUCCUCAAACCACUGAUUCUGUAGAAAAGCCCGUUGGUAGACCAAGUUGGUAUAGUGGCUAGAUCAGUUUCCUCCAACCUCAUGCCCUGCAGAUUAAGUCAGUCUCCUGCUCCCAUCAGCCCCUGACACCAUGGCUCAUGGUGAGGCAUGCUGGGAGUUAUGGUCCAACAACAUCUGAAAGGCACCAGGUUGUGGGGGUGGGAUUGGGACUUUGGCCUGGGUCCAAAUCUCUAGUUAGCAGCAAAGAUUACUGGGUGGCCUUCCUUGGCCAGUCACUAUCACUCAGCUUAAUCUACAUCACAGGGUUGCUGUAAGGAAGAGGACCUGUGUUCCCUGGAGGAAGUGGAGACUAUAAUCCAGCCUUUUAUUUAACAUCUUGCCUGAUAUACAAUGGCUGUGACCAGGCUGGGAUAGCAAAGUUGGUAAAGGUAAAGGGACCCCUGACUGUUAGGUCCAGUCGUGGCCGACUCUAAGGUUGUGGCGCUCAUCUCACUUUAUUGGCUGAGGGAGCCGGCCUACAGCUUCCGGGUCAUGUGGCCAGCAUGACUAAGCCGCUUCUGGCAAACCAGAUCAGCGCACGGAAAUGCCGUUUACCUUACUGUUAUUAUCAUGCAGUCAAAGUGCAAGUAGAGAAAUAGGUACCACUCUGGCAGGAAGGUAAACGGCGUUUUCGUGCGCUGCUCUGGUUCUCCAGAAGCGGCUUAGUCAUGCUGGCCACAUGACCCGGAAGCUGUCUGCGGACAAACGCCGGCUCCCUCAGCCUAUAGAGCGAGAUGAGCGCGCAACCCCAGAGUCGGUCACGACUGGACCUAAUGGUCAGGGGUCCCUUUACCUUUACCUUUUUACCUUGGGUUACAGAUGCUUCAGGUUACAGACGCUUCAGAUUACAGACUCUGCUAACCAAGAAAUAGUACCUCAGAUUCAGAACUUUGCUUCAGGAUAAGAACAGAAAUCGUGCGGCAGCAGCGGGAGGCCCCAUUAGCUAAAGUGGUACCUCAGGUUAAGAACAGUUUCAGGUUAAGAACGGACCUCCAGAACGAAUUAAGUUCUUAACCCGACAUACCACUGUAAUAAUAAUAAUUUAUUAUUUAUACCCCUGCCCAUUUGGCUGGGUUUCUCCUGCCACUCUUAAUCUCAGGGUUAUAGGUUCAAGCCCCAUGUUGGGCAGAAGACUCCUGCAUUGCAGGUGGUUGGGCAAAAUAACCUUUGGGGUCCUUUCCAACUUGACAAUUCUACGAAUCCAGAAUUGAUUAGGUGUGUGCGCGCGCAUGAGAGAGAGGCUGGGGACAGGGAUCUGUUUUCUGAGCAUACAUCCUGGUUUGCUUGCACAAAACUUACAUCGCGCCUAGUCGUUACUGAGUCCUUAUUCUGAUUUGUUUGUGGUGAGGUUACACAACAAUGCUUGUUUAUUCUGAUUUCAUCCUUUAUGUUAAUCAUUGAUUCCACACUUUUCAGUGCAUUUCACAAUCGCCACUGGAAAUAAACGAAUAUCGGGCCUUGUUGCACCAGAGCGAUAGAGCCCCUUAAUUCGCUUCAGUUGUGUAAACUUAAAUUUCUGGUGUGGAAUUGAAUCCCUCCCCCUCUGGAGUCAACUUGGGCGAGAGAGAAACUGAGACACAAUAGCGGCAAAGAGCAGGGUCUUUAUAUCAGUAGCACCAAGGCUGUGGAACAAACUUCCUUCUGUAGGUUAUAGCUCUCCCUCUCUAUUGACUUUCCAGCAAGAGUUAAAAAUAAAGUUUCCGGUCAUUUGGCCUUCAGUACAGCUAGCUAGCUAGCUUGGUUGGUUGGUGCUGUUUCUGUUGUUCCCUGUCUACAGGUUUUGUUUCUUUUGUUUUUAGGCGUGGGGAGUAAUUAGGAUGUUUUUGUACACCGAGUUUGUGUGAAGGUGGCUAACAGGUUAUUCUGAAUAAAUAAUAAUACAAUCAGAUAGUAAUGUUUGUCCUAACAACAGGGCAUCUGGCUCUAUGUGGUUUCUGUGGAUUCAGUUAAGUUUAUUUACUUAGGCAGUUUUGCUAUUUCCAAAUAAAUAAAAUUAAGAGGGGCAGGGGAGUGUACAGAAAUUGUAUAUUGCAAACCAGGUCAUUAAUUAAAAAUAUAUAGUACUGUGCUCAGUUUAAAAAUGAAGUUUAUAGUUUGUGCUGGCCAUCUGUCAUGAGAUUCCUGCAUCGCUGGGGUUGGUCUAGAUGACCCUCUGGUAACUUUUCAACUCUAUGCUUCUACCAUACUGGCAUUUCUGCUUUUACACCGUUAUUAUCCCUCCAACUCAGACUGCUGUAUAUACCCUAAAUCUCUCCUGCAUCUAGCCAACCCACCUCCAAAUUCUGCAAAAUUUUGUUCUUCAGCAAGCAGAACCAUGUAAAAAAGGAAAUAUUUGUUCUUUCUCCCAUUGAUGAUCUUGAUAUUCUUAGAGCAGAGUUUUAACCACUCUCUCAGCUCAAGAUAAUAAUAAUAAGAAAUAACGAUAUUUACAGUAAUUACCGUUCUGUGUAUAACACACUACAGUUUAGGUUGCUUCUAUGUGCUUUGUAAUAGCGGGUACCAAAUCCCUUUCAAAGAGUCAGAUAUGAAUGGCUAGGAUUGCUUUUUCUAAAAAAAACAAACUCCUGCAAGCGGGAAUGGUGUGGUUUGCAUAAGAAAAACCACACACUGGUGCUAACAAUGGGCUGGCUAAUUGCAGGAACAAUUCUAAGUAAAUGAUCCUAAAAAGGUCUUUCCUUGGCAAACAGCCUGAAAAGAGAGAGAGAAAAGAGCAGGCAGAGUCUGUGUUGACUGCUCUAAAUGCCAAACAUACAAGAGGGAUUAUCUUCCAUUAUUUACUUCCAGGGUUCUUUCUCGCUGGAAACUGCAACUGAGGUUAAAAGGAUUCAGGCUGCAGCUCAGUACAGAGAAAUCUAGUUUGGUGCAGAUGAAUGAGGCAGAGAGCAUUUUAGCACACUUUGCGCACUAAAGUGAUAUGGAAAUGAUUGGCAGUGGUGACUACAGUGAUUAUAGUAUUCGUCCUUAUUAAUAAGCAGGGUGGGUUUAUUUAAAUGGAUGGGCUGGGUCCUGACUAACAGUGCAAUCUAAGUUCUAUUCAGUUCAGUGUGGGGUGUUUAUUUACUAUAUUUCUGGGCUGCCCUUCAUCUGUCAGGAUCAUGCGGCAGUUAGCCAUUGCCCUCAUGUUGUUUUAACACAAAUACUUCAUAUUUUUUUCCGCUGUAUUUCCUCUGUUGUUGGUAUAUUCAGAGGCAUGCCCUCCCUGAUCCUAAAAAUAGUACAUUAUUAUUGUUAGUAUUACAGUGGUACCUCGGGUUAAGUACUUAAUACGUUCUGUAGGUCCGUUCUUAACCUGAAACUGUUCUUAACCUGAGGUACCACUUUAGCUAAUGGGGCCUCCCGCUGCUGCCGCACGAUUUCUGUUCUUAUUCUGAAGCAAAGUUCUUAACCUGAAGCACUGUUUCUGGGUUAGCGGAGUCUGUAACCUGAAGCGUAUGUAACCUGAAGCGUAUGUAAACCGAGGUACCACUGUAUUAGUAUUAGUAUUAGAAUUUCUAUACGGUUUUUUUUAUUUUUAAGGGGGGGGGUCUCAAUCAUGCCCCAGAAGCAUUUCCCUUCAUUAAUUUGUCUAAUCCCCUUUCAAAUCCAUCUAAGCUGGUGGCCACUGGCCACUUCUGCUUUCUUCAGAAGAUUAAUUUGGUAGUUGUGAUGUUGCACCAGACUAUGCAGGGGUGCGGGCUCAAAAAGCCCAUCUGAGCCGAUGUGUGGGUGGAUGAAAUGAAAUACUACAAAAGAUUGCUUUUAUACUUGUUUCUUGGAACAUGAGCCAGCUGUGUGUAUGGUUUAAAAAGUGUAGAUUCCGUGUUAGCGUUCUGUGUUUUAUGCUACAAUGGGUUUGUUUAAAAAGUAAAAUUAGCUCCUGAAAUGAACAAGGACACAUUCAGAAUAGUAAUUUAUAAUCUUGUUUGUGUCGUGCUACUCAUAACUAGGUUAUUCCUCUGUAAUAAACAAAAAUCAGCCCUUAUUUUCUUAUGGGGGACACAAGAGCCCUUAUAGAGUCCUUUGUAGGUUCUCCACUGGUUGGAGAAAAUAACAGAGGCCAACCAGAGAAUAUAGAAAAGCAAAGCAGCUAGUAAGCCUGAUCUUUAUUGAUCUGUUGCAACAGGGUGCUCCCUUCACAUGCAGGAAAGGAGGAGGACCCAGAACAAAGGUGUGCCCGCCCUUAUAUAGACAUUUUAAAUUGCCCGCCCAGGAGUCCAAGACCACCCCCAGAAACAUCAUACAUACAUCACAGAAAGGGUGGUCUACAACAGAAAUCUGAGUGCGUUGUUUAUCUCCUGUCUGGCAGAUUACCUGUUAAUGGUCCCUUGAUUGGAUUACUUGGGGAGCCUGGCCAGUCUUUUGUAAUGAUAAAUACUUAGUUCCUGAGCCAGGUCACAGGCUCACCCUAUUCAUACACAGACAUACCCUUAAGACAGGAUUUGUGAACAAAAAGACAAUGGGAAGGCUUUUCCAUUUUCCAUCGACCUUGCAGAGAAAUAUUUGAGGUCAAUUUGGGAGGGACAAAAUGGUUUCAGGCCUUUUUCUGUGGGGUUCCAGACAUGUGGCCUAUAUAUGCAGUUAUGAACAUUUAUUUUUUAUAUCUAAAAGACCUUAAUUUUUUUUAUUUCACCACAUGUGAGAUUUUGACAUAGAAAAGUGUAGAAUGAGCCCAAAAUUCAGAGUGGGUUGGUUGUAGCUGACCUAGCUCUGCAGCCUUGGCCUAGCUCUGAGGCAGGUUUGGUUUAGGUGUGGACAAGGAUUGGAAAGUCCAGGAACAUGGGUAUGGGGAGGGACUUGGGAGUCAGGCACCAGAUCAAGCAGUUAUGGAGCAAAGGGUCACGGGGCAGGCGCAGAGAGCCAUGCAGAAGGCUCUGGGGUAGCAGCAGAGGGUUGGAGAGGCCAAUAGCCGCUGUCAGGUCAAAGGCAAAGUGGACAGCCCAGGAUCCACCAUCUGAGGUAGCAGUCAGGAAGCAAGAGAAAUAGGGGAGAGUCUUUGAACUCAAGACAAGUUGCUCAAGUUUGGCUUGUUGUGUCUUGAUGCCUUUUAAUGUCAGCUGACUCUCUUCAGGCUUGAAUUGCAGCCUAGACGGCAUCCAUUUAUCCCAGGCAACCCCAAACUCGGCCCUCCAGAUAUUUUGGGACUACAAUUCCCAUCAUCCCUGACCACUGGUCUUGUUAGCUAGGGAUGAUGGGAGUUGUAGUCCCAACACAUCUGGAGGGGUGGGUUUGGGGGUGCCUGGUUUAUCCCAAACUAAGGCCUAGUCUGCCCAACUUCUUGCAGGUUUUGUUGGAGUGCUGGGGAUCCUUCUCCACAGCCCUUUUAACGGCUCCAAUGUGGUAGAUUACCCUCUCUCAUCUCUUGGUCAUUCUCUGGCAUGACAAAGAGCCAGGAGACCAGAAAUCGGCUUUCUGACCUGCCUCAGUGGAUGGCUGAAAAUCUACAGCAGUCAGUAUUUCACAUGUAAAUUGUUGACAGUGUAAAUUUUUGUGUGUGAAAAAGUGCAACAUAAAUGUUGACAGUUGCAUAAAUAUUAUAUUCAGCAUUCGCUUAUGAAUGUCUACAAAGCAAAUCAGGAUCGUCAGCAUUCAGAUACAGUCACCAAAUUGCUUAAUAUGGAUGCUUGUGUAAGAUAAUGUUUGCUGAUAUCUGUUGGGUGUAUAAAAUAUUGUAUUACGUUGGUGAGAUGUCCCUGAGCACUUGUUCCCUAGUGAUAUGUAUGUGGAUUCUAACAUGCAGUUUCAAAGUCUUUCCCCAACCCCAUUGUUUUUCCUUUUAUUGGAAAACACAGUCACAAAUAUAUUGAAUUCCAGGAAUGUUUCAGCCUUACUGCCCUUGGGAGACAAGCCUUCUAUAUAUCCCAGUUGGGAUUCAGGCCUCAUCAUGGGACUGAAACUGCCUUGGUCGCACUGGUCGAUGAUCUCUGGCGGGCUAGGGACAAAGGUGAGAGCUGUUUCAUAGUUCUGCUGGAUCUCUCAGUGGCGUUUGAUACAAUCGACCAUAACAUCCUUCUGGACCGUCUAGAGGGGUUGGGAGCUGGGGGCACUGUCAUACAGUGGUUCCGCUCCUUCCUCCUGGGCCGUGUUCAGAAAGUGGUGGUGGGGGAUGAGUGUUCAGACCCCUGGGCUCUCACUUGUGGGGUGCCUCAGGGUUCUGUCCUCUCCCCCAUGCUUUUCAACAUCUACAUGCAGCCUCUGGGAGAGAUCAUCAGGGGGUUUGGGCUGGGUGACCAUCAAUAUGCAGAUGAUACCCAGCUCUACCUCUCUUUUAAAUCAGAACCAGUGAAGGCGGUGAAGGUCCUGUGUGAGUGUCUGGAGGUGGUUGGAGGAUGGAUGGCAGCUAACAGAUUGAGGUUGAAUCCUGACAAGACGGAAGUACUGUUUUUGGGGGACAGGAGGCGGGCGGGUGUGGAGAACUCCCUGGUCCUGAAUGGGCUAACUGUGCCCCUGAAGGACCAGGUGCGCAGCCUGGGAGUCAUUCUGGACUCACAGCUGUCCAUGGAGGUACAGGGCAGUUCUGUGUCCAGGGCGGCUGUCUACCAGCUCCAUCUGGUACGCAGGCUGAGACCCUAUCUGCCCACGGACUGCCUCGCCAGAGUAGUGCAUGCUAUGGUUAUCUCCCGCUUGGACUACUGCAAUGCUGUCUAUGUGGGGCUACCUUUGAAAGUGACCCGGAAACUACAACUAAUCCAGAAUGUGGCAGCUAGACUGGUGACUGGGAGUGGCUGCCGAGACCACAUAACACCGGUCUUGAAAGACCUACAUUGGCUCCCAGUACGUUUCCGAGCACAAUUCAAAGUGUUGGUGCUGACCUUUAAAGCCCUAAAUGGCCUCGGUCCAGUAUAUCUGAAGGAGCAUCUCCAUUCCCAUCAUUCUACCUGGACACUGAGGUCCAGCGCCGAGGGCCUUCUGGCAGUUCCCUCACUGCGAGAAGCCAAGUUACAGGGAACCAGGCAGAAGGCCUUCUCAGUAGUGGCGCCCGCCCUGUGGAACGCCCUCCCACCAGAUGUCAAAGAGAACAGCAAACUUUUAGAAGACAUCUGAAGGCAUCCCUGUUUAGGGAAGCUUUUAAUGUUUGAUGUAUUACUGUAUUUUAAUAUUUGGUUGGAAGCCGCCCAGAGUGGCUGGGGAAGCCCAGCCAGAUGGGCAGGGUAUAAAGUAUAAAUUAUAAAUUAUUAUGAUUAUGAUUAUGGCUGGGACACAUCUGGAGACUUAGCAUACCUGGGGUGGACACAUGGCAGGUUAUUUAGGUGCAGUGGCUCACUAAAUGGCUUGGACAAUUAGUUGUCUGUAUGUGUGCCUUUACAUAUAGUGGCUUGGGGUUAGCUAGCAUAAGGAAGCUCAUGGAAAUAAAGUUUCCCAUGUCCUCCUCUCUCCAUCACUACAUCUGACUUUGUUCAGGGCCAAGUAACCCUCCAGAGCAGGGGUCAGCAACCUUUUCCAGCCGUGGGCCGGUCCACUGUCCCUCAGACCAUGUGGUGGGCAGGACUAUAUUUUUUGAGGGGGGGAGAUGAACGAAUUCUUAUGCCCCACAAAUAACCCAGAGAUGCAUUUGAAAUAAAAGCACACAUUCUACUCAUGUAAAAACACGCUGAUUCCCGGACCGUCUGCUGGCCGGAUUGAGAAGGCGAUUAGGCCGCAUCCAGCCCAAAGGCCUUAGGUUGCCUACCCCUGCUCCAGAGAGAUCAUAGGAAGAUGCAGUCAGCUACAAAGGGAUGGGAAACUUUUCUCAAGGGCACCAUGAUCAGCCAAUGUAACCCAGCUAGUUUUGCCAUGACUUGAUGAUUAUUGUCUUGUGGUAACAUAGAGGCAGGAUUUUCACUGGUGACACCAGUGUUGUGGAAUGCUUUCUCUCUUGAAACAGGAGAGGCCCCAUCUGUGUUGGCAUUCUUCCGGCUCCUUGAAGGCUCACCUGUUUAGGCAAGCAUUCCCCUGAACUGAACUUGUGGUUUUAUUGUUUUAACUGUUUUAAUUGUUGUAUUAAUUCCAUAUCGUAUUAUUCCAGAUAGCUUGGUCCCACCCCCAACCUAAAUCCUGCCUUCGCCCAUGAUUCCUACAUUACAAGUCUACAUAGCUUUUGUAAGAUAUUUCCAACAUGCUUAUCUGAGUUUGAUGAAGUUGGUUGAUUUGGCUGAAUACAUAGGGAUGAGAUACUGAGAUCAGCUGCAUCAAACCAACUUGCUUCUUUGUUCAGCUGUGGUGUGUUUCCAAACCAGCUAACACCUACAUUGUGUCUAGGAGAGUAAGGCGUGUUAAUGUUAGCUGCCCCGAGGCCAUAGGAGAGCCGUCUUCUCCUAUCCAGGGUGCAAUUCUGAUUAAAAGGAUGUGAGUCAGCUUGAGCUGGAUUUACGGCUGUCUCUCCAGAUGCUAAGGCUGGCCUCCUUCCCCAUAAUUCCCAGCUUAAGAAACAAUGCUAUAAUAAAACUCUUGCCCCCUUUCAUCAAAUGAUUAAAGAAUAAAAGGGAGGGGUUUUGCGAUUUGAGAGACUGGGGAGAAGGGAGAGGGAAGCAGUCUUAGAAGGCAAGAAACUCAUUUGUAUUCAUUUCCUACUCUGCGUCUGAUACAAGAAUCCCAAAUUCUGUGCAUGCUCACGCACACAUACAUUUUGGUGAGAUGUAAUGUGCCACUUCAAUAGUUUGCGCACCCAGACUCCACUGAGAUAAGCUGCUUUCCUGCUGCAAUUUUUUAUUUUUUGUCAGUAGAAUCAGAUUUGUGAGGGGUUUCCAGGCUGAUUUGCUUGCUGUACUCGCUUAAUCCGUGAUCAGUUGAUCGCUCACUUGACUACUGGAUUACAUGGCUUGAUUGCUUUUUGACUCUCAGCAAAAUGUAUUGUUACAAAAGUAAUGUGACGCCCCCAUGUUCUGCAAGAUUCCUGGGGGUUCCAGGCACUCACUACAGGGUCCUUUGGAGAACUGAGACAUGGCGGAUAAUGUCAUAGCUUUAAGAAAUAUGGUUUAUUCACCUAUUUAUGCCUUCAGUCUGCCUGCAGGGAGUGCAGAUCUUACAGCAUGUUCAUUGCAGGAGGGGUUUGUCCCCCACAGCAGUGCAGCCUUCAGCCAGCCUGCCCAAGAUGGAUCCCAGUCUUUCUUAUUCCUUCUUCCCAGAACACCCUGCUAAAAACUCUCUUUCAAAGCCAUUGUUAUCUCUUUCAUACAAACCAAGGAAUGUUGUCUGUGCAAUUUCAUUCUAGGGUUCUAAACUUAUAUGGUUACUGCAGUAGAUAAUGAAAUCAAGAGAGGGACAUAUUCCACUGGGACUGCCAUAAAUUCAGCAGUCUGAAUUUAAAUAUUACGGUGUCGUAAGACAAAUCGGGCGUGUUUUCUCUUAUAUAAAUUGUCAACUUGCUGAAAUAGAGAGUUUAUAUCCAAAAAAUAAAGCAAAGAUCACAUUCAUGAAUGGCACUGUGAAUGGCUUUUUUCACUAAUGCUUUUUAAAAAGUGUUAAAUUAGUUAAAAUAGCAUGUAAAACAGGGAAUGGGCAAUAUUAAUUCAAAACAAUAGUUUCUGGAAAUUAAAUUUCCUUGUGCAGAUGCAGGCAAUAUAUCCAUAUAAUCAGUUAUUCUUGUGACAGUGGCCUCUGGAUAGUAUAAAUGUCCAGCAUGUUAUUUUACAGGCUGUUGUCCAGAUUUAAAGUUUAUGAACAAGAACAUACCUUAGAUACCUAAUUGUACUGCAGUAAGAGGUGUAUGUGCAUCAUAUAUGUCUGUGUGGUAUUUUGGACAUAAUAGGAAACUUGAAUGCUCCUCCGUCCUCUCCUCGUACCUUACUGUGAGGAGAUCAGAAGCUUCCACUUCUCCAUUGAAGCAAACCACAGUUCCUUGAGUUCAAAUGUACAGGGAGCUAUGGUUUGUUAGACCAAAUCCAGAUUAAAUCACGGUUUUACAUCUUGGCUUGUCCUGAACCAUAUUUUAAACAAGGGAUUGGAGUUAUGUUGGACUCCAACUCCCAUCAGCCCCAUCCAGCAUGGCCAAUGAUAAGAGAUUAUGGUAAUUGUAGUCCAACAACACUGAAGGGCCACAGGUUCCUCAGAUCCCUAGACUGAGAUACUCUGGAUUGUUUAAAAACAGAAGUUGCUGAUCUCCUUGUGGGCACAAAAGAGGGGAAGGUUGGAGGCUGUGGAUAAGCCUGAGACUUGUUCAUGUAAUGGGAAACCCUGGUUUCCUACUGCAUCUGAAUUGACACAAUGUCUGUUUUGAUCAAAAAAUUCUGAAACCAACCAAAAGCACUUUGCUUGCUUGCAGUAAUAAUGAUGUAGUUUUAAUAUGUUACUUGUGGACGUAAAGUUCAAAUUCUAAGCCCACCCAAGUCCUAAUCCAAGGCUGUGAUAGCUUGGGAACUAAGCCAUUAGCAAUCAGAAGAGCAGUGAGUCACUUGGCUUCAAAAACUCCAUUGUAAUUCUAGAGCAGCUCAACCACUGACCAGUGAUGUGAGUUUUCCUUGAAAAUUUAGAAUUGGAAAAUACUGGGAGCUGCCAAUAAAUUAAUGACCAUUUCUCUAUCAUCUAUUAAGUCUUUGAACGCUUGCCACUAUGGCUUGGGUGCUCACCCGCUCUGUGACUUCCCUCUUACAGUUCUGUGGCAAGGUUGUGUUGUUUGCAGUAAAAUGUGUUUCUGCAUGCAGCCUUUUAUGUAGACAGACAUCUGAAAUGAUUCACUGAGAAGUAUGUAUACAACGGAUGUCUUUGUUGGGGGCUGUGAAACAACGCUUAAACAUGAUUCAGAAACCACAAGUGUGAAUUACUUUAGGAAAAGUGUUGGGGUAUUUAAAAAAAAACACGUGACUAGUUCAUGGAUAAAUAUUUUUUUCUUUUUCUUUUCUCAUAGGCCUCCCAUCCAUUUGCUACACUUCCAGUACUCCUGCCCAGAUACUGGAAGAAACUGGCUGUCUUUACACGGAUCCUCAGCUGUUUGGCAGCAGGCGGGAUGGUUCACCGUUAAUGAUAGACUUUGUCAGCGAUACUGAAAGUAAGUUCUUGGUGCUUGUAAAAAACCCUGCUUUCUAGCUGCUUUUGCCAAUUGAGUUUCACACUGGUUUGUUUUGUUUUUUUGGACAAAUGGCUUUCUUCAGAUCCUUGUUGACGUUGAGCCUUGCAAGUGGAUCAUUAUACAAGGGAAAUGGGACCCAGGUGCAGGACAGAGAGGGCACUUAGGUUUAAUCAGAAGCAAUUUGGUCCCUGAAGAGCAGAGGUGGGGAGUCCCCAGACCACAGCCCAAAUUUAAACCACCAAGCUGCAGCAUCUGGACAGAGGUCUCAUCAGUCCGCACCCCCGUCAAAUGAUGCUCUUGCAUCCCUCUUCCCUUGCACCUCCCUGUUUAGUACUGGCCUUACUCCUUGAUCAACAAUUGAAAUUCACCAGGCCCAUUUUGCAGCUGGCUAUCGUCUACUUGAGACCAAGUGAAGAUGCCCAGGCGCCAGGACGGCGCUUGACGUCUCCAACAUCUGGAGGUGCAUGACUGGGGAUCAUUGGAUCUGUUUUCACACGCUUGCAACACAUCCUGUAGAUUUCUAUCCGUUCUGUUUCAUCUGAAUUUCAGGAGCCCAAAGGUUGUGUUGAAAAAUAUGACUUUAGAGCUGUCUGGCCCCAAAAUGACAACAAGGCAUUCCAUUUUGGCAACUGUAACCCUGGUUUAAGGAGCAAUUUGGCACUUAGCUUAUACAGUCAUACCUUGGGUUGAAUAUGCUUCAUGUUGAGCGUGUCCGUGUUGCGCUCCGCGGCAACCCGGAAGUAACAGAGCGCAUUACUUCUGGGUUUCGCCACUCGCGCAUGCGCAGACGCUCAAAAUGACGCCAUGCGCAUGCGCGGAAGCGACGAAAAGCGACGCGUGCGUGCACAGAUGUGCCAUCACUAGUUACGUUUGCUUCUGGAUGCAAACAGGGCUCCGGAACGGAUCCCAUUCGCAUCCCGAGGUACCACUGUAUAUCUGAAUUUCUAACGCUGCACCUGACAUUUGGCUGAGUUAUGAACUCAGGUUGGCAGUAGGAUAAUUGAUGGAGGAAAAGGCCAUGCAGGAUUUCUCCGUCUUCCUCAUUCAAAAUAAUCCAACCUUUCCCUUUUUUGUGUGUCUCUUUUCUUUCUCUGCCUGCCAUCUUUUCUCUUGCUUCAGCUGAAGACCCCCCUUGCAACUUCCACCCCCCGAGCUUCCUCCAGGUUUCAGAGGUGGAAAUGAGAGGUUCGGAGGACGUUGCCCCUGGCACUGUGUUACAGCGGUUGAUCCAGGAGCUGCGCUAUGGCAACCCGAGCGAGAACAUGAACCUGCUGGCCAUCCAGCCCCAGGCCACAGGGAGCGCGGGACCAUCCAACCCCACUGCCAGCACGCUGCUUUCUUCUUCUUCCACGGAAAACCUGGUGCCCGAAGACCCACAAAUGGUCCAGCAGUCGGCGCGGCAGGAACCACAAGGCCAGGAGCACCAAGGGGACAGCACUGCGAUGGAGAAGCAGCCCAGGGGCGCCCAGCCUCAGCAGAACAACGAAGAGCUGCCGACUUACGAAGAGGCCAAAGCCCAGUCUCAGUUUUUCAGGGGCCAGCAGCCCAGCAGCGCCGCCGGGGCAGGUUUUUACAUGGCUGGAACCUCCUGCCCGAAAUCCAGAACGGAAGGGAGGCCAACGUUGGCUCGAGCCAACAGCGGACAGGCGCACAAAGACGAGGCGCUCAAGGAACUGAAGCAAGGCCACGUGCGGUACCUUAGCGAGAGGAUCAUGCAGCUGUCGCUGGAGAGGAACGGCACAAAACAGCAUCCACCUGCCUUGGGGAGAAGCAAAGGAUUCAAAGCGGGAGGGCCGUCCCCUCCUCAGUCCACCAGCAAAGGUGUGGAUCCAAGGGGCCCGCCGCCGGACUACCCGUACAAAAGCAAGCAGGUGGUCUCUCCGGUGAGCAAAGCUCAGGAGCACGGGAUGUUUUUUAACGACCAGCAUUCUGGAGUCAUCCAGGAAGUGGUGAUGCCCUCCUAUUCAGCGCCCCAGGCAGUGAGGAGCGAAGUAGCUGUUGUCCGUUAUCAGCCUCCCCCAGAGUAUAGCCUGACUAGGUAAUGUUGAACUCCUUGCCAUCUUAUUGCCUUCCUUUCAAUCUUUUGGCGGAGGUUUUGCUUUUUUUCUAAAGUUAAGUAAGACUCCAGACUCAGGGUGGUUUUCAAUAGGGCUGGGAGGUAUAUUGAUAUAUCCAUAUCCAUAUCAUGACAGUGGUUUCAUAAUUUUGGACCUGGCAAUAUAUUGCAAAUCAUGAUGUGUGUUAGGGCUGGGUGGCAUAUCAUCUAAAACUGGUUUGAAGCCCAUUUCACGAUAGCAGUUUCAUAAUUUUUGACCUGCAAAUCAUGAUGCAUGUGCGUGUGUGCAUGCAUUGCAAAAAUCAUGAUGCGGGAAAAGCCAUGAAGCCAGCCAGUGCUUUUACAUAGCUCCAUAUUUAUUUCAGACGUUGUGAUAUUUCAGUACAGUUGUACCUUAGUUUUUGAACAGCUUAGUUCUCGAAUGUUUUGGCUCCCGAACACCGCAAACCUGGAAGUGACUCUUCCGGUUUGCGAACUAUUUUUGGAAGCCGAACGUCUGAUGGGGCUUCUGCAGCUUUCAAUUGGCUGCAGUAGCUUCCUGCAGCCUAUCAGAAGCUGCGCUUUGGUUUCCGAACGUUUUGGAAGUCAAACGGACUUCCAGAACGGAUUCCAUUCAACUUCCAAGGUACAACUGUAUAUCACAAUGUUUAGCUAGUGAUACACUGCGAUGUUGAAAACCGAAUGUCGCCCAGCCCUGGUAUUCAGUUACACAGUAGUGCAACAACUCUUAACGACUGUACAUAGCAUAAUCUCCUCACCUACUUCUCUCCCCACAUGAACCCUAAAUGUGCUCCAGGGGUUCCCUCCACAUUUUGGAGCAGAUUUAGGCAGGUUGCAGGGAGAGGAGCAGGUGGGCAAGUUACAUUGUCCAGCUCAAAGCCAUUGGUUCUAGAAUAAUACCACCCCAAAGGGCAAAACAAACCUUUUGUGUACUGCUUGUGUACUUUGUAGACGUGCAGCAGGAGUGUGGUGCUUAUUCCUCUUCUUGCAUGAUUUCCCUCCCUACUCCUCCCCACCACCACAAUCCUAUCUCUGAGUAUCUUCUCUCUACUUGAUGUGGUGAACAUGCAACUGGGACCCAGAGGAGUUAGAAUCCCAGGAGAGAAGCAGUGGGCAAAGGGGUGGGAAUUGCUUCUCCCUUCUGAUUUACCUCUGCAACACGAUGCCUUCCUCCUGCUGUCUUUCUAAUGGGAAAAGCGUUGGGUAUAUUUGUAGGCCACACUCCCAGGUUCCAGUGGGGGCAAUGGGCAGUAAGCUUUGUGCGCUGAGUUUUUGGAUCAGGUUCAUAGUGCUUUGCAGCAAUACGUUUCCUGAAAUGGCAACCUGGGACACAGCCCCUCAUGGCUCCUUGGCUGCUGGUGUUGUGUUCCUGAAGCGUUUGCAUUCCAUCUGAUCAGCACAUGUUUUGAGUCUCAGGCAACAACAUACGGAGAGUUGGGUGUGUGUUUUUCCAGCCAGAAAAGCACGGCUUUCAAGAGAAAUGUGAAAAGCCCUCUUUAUGUAAGCGAGGUAGCGACAAGGGAAUGAGGAAAAGGAAAGGAAAAACAGGGUCAGCUUCGGGUUACAGUCUCAGGAAGUUGUAAGAGGAUUCCAUCUGCAAGUCUCCUUUCAGACGGAGGAUUUUCCAGGUGUCAGGCACAUGGAUGCCGUGCGCCUCACGCUCCAGUCUCAAGCCAUGUGUGCUGAAUGGGACAUCUCCUUCGGUUGUGUAAAGACCAAACCAGACACGACGUCAGGAAAUCUGUAAUCAGAUUUCCUGAAUGUGUGUGCUUUUAAGAUAAAAGCGCCAUAGCCCAGUGGUCAAGCACAUGCUCUUCAUGCAGAUAUCUCCAUGGCACCCCCAGUUAGAAGGAUAAAGUACAUUGGUACCUCGGGUUAAGUACUUAAUUUGUUCCGGAGGUCCGUACUUAACCUGAAACUGUUCUUAGCCUGAAGCACCACUUUAGCUAAUGGGGCCUCCUGCUGCUGCCGCGCCGCCGGAGCAUGAUUUCUGUUCUCAUCCUGAAGCAAAGUUCUUAACCUGAAGCACUAUUUCUGGGUUAGCGGAGUCUGUAACCUGAAGCGUAUGUAACCCGAGGUACCACUGUAGCUGGGUCAGGUGUGGGACGCUUUGGCCCACAAAAUAUUGCUGGCUUGGAAGUCCCAUCAGCCUCAACAAGCAUGGACAGGGAUGAUGGGAGUUGUAGUUCAGCAAAAUCUGGAGGGCCAAAGGUUCCUCACACCAAAUGGUAGUAGAUCAAGGGCUCUUUUUUUCUUCAGCUGGAACUCAGUUCUGGCACCUCUGAGAGAAUGAGGGAGGUGUUCAUGGUCAGUUCCGGCACCUCUUCCCCCCCAGAAAAAUAGCACUGAGUGUAGUCUUCUCUGCCUGACUUACUAGAGAGUCUCUGUUUGUCAGAGAAGUCAAUACUGGGCUGGUGGGAAAAAUUAUCUGACCUAGAAUAAAACAACUUCCUAUAUUUUGGGUGGGAGGGGGGUAGGUCUAUUAGUAGCAUCCGGAGGUGAUUUAUAUCAGGAAAUUUAUAUCAGGUGAUUUAUAUCAAAUCACCACUAGCCUGUCUCUGCAGCUGCUAUCUGAUUCAAGGACCUCCACAGCUGUUUUGACCUACAAGGGGUGCCAGUCAACGCGGGGGAAAGCAGUAUGACACUGAACCUUGCGUGAUUUCCAUUCAGCUGCUCACCUAGGUGAACUGGCAGCUCACCCUAGGCAAGCAGCAAAUGGCAAUGGAGGAUUAUAUUAAAAAAAGAAAACCUUUACAAUGGAAAUGCUGCUUCUUACUUGGUUCAGGGUUAGUUGUUUAAAAAUAAGCUGUUGAAUGAGACUGGCUAUUUGCUGGAUGUCUUUUUGCUGGCGAGAGAGACUGGCUAUUUGCUGGUGGGGAGAGUUAGGUCUUUCUAAAAUGGGUUGGCUUGUUAUGGUGAGGUGUGUCAGUCGCCUUGUACGGACAGGCUGAGACUCUGCACUUAGCAGUUUAUAUAUACAAUCUGAGGGAAAGGCUUCAAAGGCAGAUCUGGGACAAAUGUGGUUUGUAAACAGGGGAAGAGGCACUACUCAUCCCGAAGAGGAACAUGUUUAACAGCUGCACAUCUAAAGGAGCAAUACAAACCUCAAAGAAAGGUUCGCUGGCAUGUUCGCAUGAGGCCAUGACUAUUUCAGCCCAACCUAUGCAGAACACAGUCCCCUAUUUAGUGCAGAGCACAAGGCCGGGUUCCGUUCUUCUAGCUAGGAGCAGGACUGGGCUUGCUUGUGUUUCCACAUGAUUGCAGAUAAAGUGGCUGCAUGCACAGUUAUACCUUUAAAAGAUAUUUGAAGCACAUAUCCCCAUCAGAGAAUUAUGGGCACUUUGGUUUGCUGGGAAUUUUAACUCUAUGAGGUGUAAACUACAGUGCCCAGAAUCCUUUGAGGCAAAGAAUGUCCUUCAAAUGUGUUUUAAAGGUAUACUGUGUACUCAACCACAUGUUGUGGAAUUUAGUUCCCUCAGCGUUCUUAAAAAAACCCACCCCCAAAAAAACCCACCAUUUGCUGCCUGUUGUUGCAGAGACAGGCUUGAAAAUAGUUUGGCAAAUUCCCGCUGAAAUUUCAGCUGCCAGACAAAUUUUGCUGAAUAAGCUUUCCUAGUGGUCAGUAAGAUUUCCCAGAAUUCAGUAUUUCUGGAUAGAGAACUUGAGAGAAAGUCGCCUCCUGCUCUUUUGCGUUCCCUCCCUUGUCUGCAACUAACACCUUUCCCCAUAUUUGUCCCAUGCUGACCUCUCCCUUUCCUUACCCUCUGCUUUGUUGUCUCUCCAACUACUGGAAGAUGGAUUGUAAAGUCCUUGGGGCAGAGACGUUUCCUUAAAAAAACAAAGUUACUCCGUACAUACUUAGUGCUAUAAAGGUGUCGAGUUAAAUCGGUAACUAAUAUUAUUAUAACUGGUGGGGCUUGCAACAAAAUGCUGCAGCAUGGAGUGCUCCCAUCCACUACUUCCACCCUUUCCCAUCCCUUGCCCCCAACAGAAUCCUGGGGACGCCCAGCAUGCUCAGUCUUCAUUGGGCUGUUCUCUCCUCCCCGCCCCUCAGAAUUCCUUUUGAACCUCUUUAAAAGUCUGCUGAUACCUCCCUCUUGUGUGCAGGUGGUACUGUUUUGGCUACAUAAAAAUCCACACUUGGGGAAAGUGUUUCACUGUUCAUGAAUGGGAUAAAGGUAAAGGUAAAGGGACCCCUGACUAUUAGGUCCAGUCAUGGACGACUCUGGGGUUGUGGUGCUCAUCUCGCUUUACUGGCCGAGGGAGUCGGCGUACAGCUUCUGGGUCAUGUGGCCAGCAUGACUAAGCCGCUUCUGGCGAACCAGAGCAGCGCACGGAAAUGCCAUUUACCUUCCCACUGGAGCGGUGCCUAUUUAUCUACUUGCACUGCAUACUUUCGAAUUGCUAGGUUGGCAGGAGCAGGGACCUAGUAACGGGAGCUCACCCCGCUGUGGGGAUUCGAACCACCGACCUUCUGAUCGGCAAGCCCUAGGCUCUGUGGUUUAACCCACAGCGCCACCUGCGUCCCAUUCAUGUAUGGGAUACUAAGCACCAAUAAGCAGUCACUUCUGGCAGACUGACUGCUCACACUGCCGAUGAUCCGAUUAAUCUGUUCCCACCACUCAUCUGUUUCCCCCUCCCAUACAGCCGUCAGUGCCAGUCAUCUUUUCCAUCCCUGCAACAGCAGCACAGCCCGAUGUCCUCCCAGGCCUCCUCUCUUACUGGCCCACUGCACUCUGCCUCUUUGCCGCCCCUCUCGAUGACCAUGGCAUCUCAGUCCCUUCCUGCAACUCCGCCGAGCCAGCAGCAGGAGCUGCCGCUCCCACCAGAUGCCUUCACUAUAGUCCAGCGAGCCCAGCAGAUGGUGGAGAUGCUCUCCGACGACAACGAGGCCCUGCAGAAGGAGCUGGAGGGCUACUAUGAGAAAGCAGAUAAACUCCAGAAGGUGCGUGGUGUGGUUGAGUGGGACUGGGCUUUGCGUCUUGAUCCUCUUGGGUGACACAAGAAAAGUGUCCUGCGCCACUUGCUGAUUGGGAUGAACAGCACUGCCUGGUUUGGUCCAGAAUAUGAUAAAUUUAGGGACACGUCUAAAUUGGAACUUACAUAGUGCAGCGGUGUGGGACCCAGUAAAGGUACAAUUCAAUAGCAUGGUCUGAAGGCACAUGAAGCUGCUACCUAAGUAGGUCCAGGUCUGGUCAGUGCUUGGAUGGGAGACUGCAUGGGAACCAUGUGAGUGCUGCUUUGCAUUCCAUGAUGGAAGGAAAGUGGGAUAUUUCACUGCGUAUACUGCUUUGAUGUCCCUUGCAGGACAGCCUUGGGAGAAGAAACAGCUAAGGAGCACUUAAGGCAGUUGGGUGGUGUCUUGUAUAGCUCCUGCAGCCAAGCUGGUGCCAAACGGAUUGCUCUGUUUUCCUUUAGACCACAUCAGCGAGGCCGAGAGGGGGUCUUGUUGUCUGGGCAGCCCAGGACCUCUAGACACACUGCCCAGGCUUGCAGCUCAGAGAGGUCAUUUCGGUGCAGCCCAUAACACCAAUAGGUAUUUGCAUGCCUAGCAACAACAAAAUAGGUAAAGGUAAAGGGACCCCUGACCAUUAAGUUCAGUUGUGGCUGACUCGGGUUGCGGCGCUCAUCUCGCUUUAUUGGCCGAGGGAGCCGGCGUACAGCUUCCGGGUCAUGUGGCCAGCAUGACUAAGCCGCUUCUGGCGAACCAGUGCAGCGCACGGAAACACCGUUUACCUUCCCGCCGGAGCGGUACCUAUUUAUCUACUUGCACUUUGAUGUGCUUUCGAACUGCUAGGUUGGCAGGAGCAGGGACCGAGCAACGGGAGCUCACCCCGUCGCGGGGAUUCGAACCGCCGACCUUCUGGUCAGCAAGUCCUAGGCUCAGUGGUUUAACCCAAAGCGCCACCUGCUUCCCCAAAAAGUGAAUAGUGGUAUAUAAAUACUGGAUAAUAUGAUGUGAUGUAAGUUGGGGGAACUGCUUGACUUGGUAGAAUUCCCAUGACCAGCAAUGGCUCUCCAUAGAGUUGCUGAGAAUUUAAACCUGGGUCUGCCUGCUGGAUAGCAUGAGCUGUACCACUGAGCUGCGUCCUCUUCCAUUGCUGUAGUCACUUUCUUCUGUGAUGGCUGGGGAGCUGGUUUCCUUCAGCUGCAGUAGGAUUAUUAAUGCCUGUGGAGGAAUUGUAUUUUUGGCAUCAUUGUAGGAGAAUUCUUCCUGCGGCACAGUGCUAGUGUGAAAGUUGGCACACACUUCUGGCCACUGCACAAACCUCUCUUUCAAAAGUUUCGAGUCAAUGAUUGACAUGCAUCGCUGCCCAGCUUUUAAUGGAAAGUUGUAUGCUCUCCCUUAUUCUCUCUCACUCUCUCUCUCUCCUCCAAACUUUUCAGUUUGAAAUAGAAAUUCAGAGGAUUUCAGAAGCCUAUGAGGACUUGGUGAAGACCACCACCAAGAGGGAAUCGCUGGACAAGGCCAUGCGUAACAAGCUGGAAAGUGAAAUCCGGCGUCUCCAUGAUUUCAACAGGGCCUUACGUGGUAUGUUCUUUUUACGAAAGGUCUUUUCAUUCCCCUCCCAUUGCAUUUCUGUUUCGUUCCUGAACUAUCAAAUUCCAGAUGGCCACGUCAAAGAUUCUAACCGAGCAAACUGUUUUCCUGUAACAACGUUUAGAGGUUAUUGUUGGUAGAGCCAUUAAAAAAGACCGUAUUUUUCGCUCUAUAAGAUGCAUUUUUCCCUCCUAAAAAGUAGGGGGAAAUGUUUGUGCGUCUUAUGGAGCGAAUGCAGGCUGUGCAGCUAUCCCAGAAGCCAGAACAGCAAGAGGGAUCGCUGCUUUCACUGCGCAGCGAUCCCUCUUGCUGUUCUGACUUCACUUUGCUGGAGAGGCGCUGCACACCUUUCCCUCUUUGUGCGGCGCUCCUUCAGCGAAGCGGCAGGAGAAACAGAGCCCCUUCCGUUUCUCCUCCCGCUUUGCUGGAGAGGCGCUGCGCAGAGAGGGAGAGAAUAUUUUUUUGCUUGUUCUCCUCCUCUAAAACUAGGUGCGUCUUAUAGAGCGAAAAAUACAGUAUAUAUAUAUUCCUGGACCUGGUUGAAAAAUUGUACUUAAGUCUCUCUCCCUGCCCACCUUAAAUUAUGUGGAAUGGGGUGCCCUCAAUGGCUGCCGCAACCCUGCUUCAGACACAAUGCCUAACCACAGUUUACUGCCACACUACAGGAACAAGCCUGAGCAAGCCUUGCACUCUUUGUACAGCCACGAGAUUGAAAAUCUUUGCUCCCGUUUUCAGUUGACUUCAGUUGUCUGCUGUUUUAUUGAAACUGAGAACUCUGGUUUCCCCAGGCGGCUGCCCCAUCCCCUCCUUACUCACAUCAGCCUCAGCUAGCAUGCCGGUGCUGAGCAGUGAUGGGCUGUCAUUGUCGAAGAACAUCUGGUGGGCAACAGAGUGGGGAAAUACAGAUUAAGGAAACAAGCCAGGAUUGUAAACCAGGUGUUUCUGGACCUUCUGUUGGUCCUCCUUGGCUUUAUAGAUCACUUUGGAAUUAUGUUAUAACAAACAUUCCCUGAUAGAAUACAAGGGCUGUUCUUUUUUAUAAAAGUCCAACUCCCCCUGCAAAUCAAUUUCAUCAAUUUCAAUUUGCUCAGGUGUUGCUACCAAAUUUUAACAGCUUCAGUUACAAGUAAAAGAAUAAAAAACCCCAAAGUUUUUAAAAAACAAAAGAGUGAGAGUCCAUAUUUUAAUAUUCAAAUUGUUUGGAUUUUGCAUGGUGUUUCAUAACCAGGACUGCUAGAGAGCACCAACCCUAUGAGGGAACAUUAGCAUCCAUAGGGAAGUUUGUGUAGAGAAACAUACUUUUGGCCCCCAGACCAAGACCCUACAGAACAGAGUCUCUCCUUUGGAGGGUGGAAAUGCAGGCUGGCCUUCCCUGUUUUUCAGGAUGAUCUCCAUUUCUUUCUUUAUUGUAUAGCUGGCUUCCCUUUCCCAAGAUUCUUUUUAUAUCAUGGUGCAUCUGGCAGGUCUCUUUAUUCUCUGAGGUUGGCCAUAUGUAUAUGUUUAUUCUUAAGCUGUUUCCCCUUCUCUGUGUAGAGCGCUUGGAGACUGCCAACAGGCAGCUAGCCAGCAGAGAGUUUGAUGGGAACGAAGAUAAGGCAACAGAGGGUCUUUAUGCCUCUCAGAGUGAGUACCACAUUGAUCUAUAGCGGAGAUAUGCAUGUUCACUAUGUGUGGUUUGUCAGAGAAUGGAAGAAGUGUUUGUUUGUGCUAUGUUUUUAGCAGUUUUUUUAAAGUUGGAGGCUGGUUUCUUUCUAGCAGACUUGUUUUACCGUGUUGCUUCGUUGGAGUUAGUGGUAGGUGGUGGUCAAGGGGGAAAUUUAAAUAAAUAUGUUGAUGUCAGGGCAAAGUCUCAAGAGAAAUAAGCUUCAUAGUGAAAUGGAAUUCUUCUCUCCUUUUGGGAUAAUUCUGAAUUCACACAGGUACAAAUAAAAGGAGAACAAGGCCCUUUGUUUCAUGAGUUUUGAACAGGCCUUCAAAAGGAUAUUUCGUACCACAGCUCUGAGGGAACCACUUCUCAGGGAUUUGUUCGCAUGUCUAGGGAUGGAGAAGAAACUUAGGUUUGUUUGCAUUUAAAAUGAGAAACGACCUAAUUCGCGCAUCUUGAAGUAAUAAGUGAACUGAAGCAUGGCUAGUCUUUGAAAUUCACACUUUUUUGAAGUUUGCAAUUCUGUUCUGCAACCAUUUUGUACUAUUAGGGGAAAAUGUGCAUGGAAAUGCAUAUAUUAGUGAGAAUAACACCUGAAAAUGCAUUAUAUUAGAAGAAAUAGAUUAAUAGUCACAACAAAAUGUCUUUGCCUACCUAAAUUAAGCUGCUGAAAUGGGGGGGGGGAGUAGGAACCUAACUAGGAAUGGAAUUUAAAUGACUGUAAGUUCAGUUCAGUUAGUUCUGAUAUUGAAAACAAACCUUCAGGCUAAGAAUAUGCCCAGAAGCACUCUUGUUCUGUAAUUCUAUCUGUAUGUCUCUUGUGCCCAGCUCUAAUUGUUAGAUCUUGGUGUUCUGGUCAAUGAACAAGUAGAUUUAAGUAUCCCGAAGUCUGCCCACCCCUGUUUCAAAUGAGCUGUUCAGUGUUAGGUUGCUGUUGUUAUAAAUUACCUGUCCUUCGCCUGAAGGCGGUUGUUGUUUAGUCCUGUCCGACUCUUCGUGACCCCAUGGACCAGAGCACGCCAGGCACUUCUGUCUUUCACUGCCUCCCGCAGUUUGGUCAAACUCUGUCCAACCAUCUCGUCCUCUGUCGUCCCCUUCUCCUUGUGCCCUCCAUCUUUCCCAACAUCAGGGUCUUUUCCAGGGAGUCUUAUCUUCUCAUGAGGUGGCCAAAGUAUUGGAGCCUCAGCUUCAGGAUCUGUCCUUCCAGUGAGCACUCAGGGCUGAUUUCCUUCAGAAUGGAGAGGUUUGAUCUUCUUGCAGUCCAUGGGACUCUCAAGAGUCUCCUCCAGCACCACUGAAGGUGGUAGGGCAAUUAAAACACAGUGUUAAAAACAAUUGAAAGCAACUCACAAUCACAGAAAUGAGGUGGGUCCUAAAAAUAUAAAUGUCGUAUUGGCAGCAAUUCUUGUUGUGCAUUAUGGUUAUUGCACCAUGGUGUUUAGAUUGUUUGUUAUCUGUGAACCUCUUUGAGCACAAAUACCUUUCAGAAAAUGCAGUGUAUAAAUAAACUGAAUGUGACUAUGACUAAUCCUGGUUCUUUUCCAUGAAAGGAGCUCAGGUUUCAGGGCUAGGAAAGACCGAUGGCGAGGUACAACAGGGGCCCAUUAGGUCUAUGCCAGGGGUUCAGGCACCAUGUUGUGCAGCCUUGAUAACACCCUCACAUAACUCUAGGCUACAGCCCUCCAUCAGCUACUCUGUGGAGGACAGCUCUGAGUCACCUAAACUGGCAUUUCAAGUGCUUAACAAGCCUCCUUUUGCUGUCCAGGGAAGACUGUAAAAAAGCAGGUCCAUGUAGUCCCUUUUUCUGCAGAGGGCUGCAUUGAGGGCCAGUGUGGUGUAGUGGUUAAGAGCGGUGGACUCAUAAUCUGGGGAACCGGGUUCGCGUCUCCGCUCCUCCACAUGCAGCUGCUGGGUGACCUAGGGCCAGUCACACUUCUCUGAAGUCUCUUAGCCCCACUCACCUCACAGAGUGUUUGUUGUGGGGGAGGAAGGGAAAGGAGAUUGUUAGCCACUUUGAGACUCCUUAGGGUAGUGAUAAAGCGGGAUAUCAAAUCCAAACCCUUCUUCUUCUUCUUAACCUUGAGGACAGUCUUGUCAAGGGCCAUAUUCUUAGGGUGGGCAGGGCCAGAGCCGGAGGUAGUUGGGGCUGUUCCAGAACCAAAAGUGACUGGGCGCUCCCUUUGUCUGUCUCUCUGCCUCAUUCUGCUACCCAUUUCCCCAUUGUCCCCCCCUUGCACCCUAUAUGAAAUCAUAGAGUUGGAAGAGAACCCAAGGGUCAUCUAGUCCAACCCCACUGCAAUUCAGGAAUCUCAACUAAAGCAUCCAUGACAGAUGAGUAGCCAGCACCAACAGGGUUCUUUGGCCGGUCCCUGCACUGCCAACGCUGCUGUUACUGUAAACGGGGGGAGCCGGGGCGCCCAAUGCAAAAAUUUAAAGGGCUGAGCAGAGCCCCCAACCCCCUCCCCGAUGACCUCAGGUCCACCGGGCCUGGGAUUGCCCUGGUGGCAAUCAAACAGGAGGUCCAGAGAACAGAACACAGUGGAGCCACUCACACACCCCAGCCAAACACUCAGCAGCCUCCACCGCUAUGGCCACUGCUGCUGCUGCAGCCAUCGAGAGAGAGAGGUAGGAGGGGACCAGGAGAACUAAGGAGGCCAUGUAGAAGCACGCAGCCCAGUCCAAACCCGUCACGACCCAACCUCUCUGGUGACUGGUGUGAGGGAAGUGGGCAGGAGCCCAAUAGAGAACUCUGCAAAGGGUAUCACCCCAGGAGAAGACGGGCACUGUUUGGGCCCUCCCUUGCCAGCAGAGGGGUGCCGCUGGUGGCUAGAAAUGGACACAGGAUCCAAAACUUUUAAUUUCUUUCAUAUAUAUAUAUAUAUAUAUAUAUAUAUACACACACACACACACACACACACACAGAAAUAUAUAUAUAUAGAGAGAGAACAUAUAUAUAUAUAUUCCUUUAAAUAUAUAAAUGUUGUUGUUGUUUAGUCGUGUCCGAGUCUUCGUGACCCCAUGGACCAGAGCAGGCCAGGCACUCCUGUCUUCCACUGCCUCCCGCAGCUUGGUCAAACUCAUGCUGGUAGUUUCGAGAACACCGUCCAACCAUCUCGUCCUCUGUCGUCCCCUUCUCCUUGUGCCCUCCAUCUUUCCCAACAUCAGGGUCUUUUCCAGGGAGUCUUCUCUCUCAUGAGGUAGCCAAAGUAUUGGAGCCUCAGCUUCAGGAUCUGUCCUUCCAGUGAGCACUCAGGGCUGAUUUCCUUAAGAAUGGAUAGGUUUGAUCUUCUUGCAGUCCAUGGGACUCUCAAGAGUCUCCUCCAGCACCAUAAUUCAAAAGCAUCGAUUCUUUGGCGAUCAGCCUUCUUUAUGGUCCAGCUCUCACUUCCAUGCAUCACUACUGGGAAAACCAUAGCUUUAACUAUACGGGCCUUUGUUGGCAGAUAUAUAAAUAUAUUCUUUUAAAUAAAUAAAGGAAUAUAUAUUCCCAUAUCUAUCAUCUAUCUAUCUAUCUAUCUAUCUAUCUAUCUAUCUAUCGUCAGUCAGUCUGUAUCUGUGACAGUCCUGGGCAUCCGGCUUGGGUCUCAUAAAGUUCCACCGUUUCUCCUUGUAACACAGCAUUCACUGAACAACGCUUCUGUUCACGCGUCGCUAUAAAUAUUGGUGCGGACACUUUCACUGCCCUUUCAGUUCACGACCUGUGUGCAGUGAUAGUUCCUUGAGACAGGGUCAUAUAAAACGGCAGGGAUGUUUAGCAUGCCUACCUCGUCUGGGCCAGACAGCUAGAUGCUACAAAUAGGAGAGAGAAGUAUUUCCAAGAAUAGAAAGAAAGGUUGUAUACAGGACCUCCUCAAGCAGGUCAAAUUUAUUUAUAUACUCUCAUCCCUCUAGCCAGAGUUGAGGGUGUAUCAUGUAAGCCGUGGCCACUGAGGUGGAAGGGAAGUCUGGUUUGCUAGAGUGGCUGGUAAACGAUCACAGAUUAUGUUUGGUUUGUUGUGUCUUUGGAAGGGAGAAUGAAAACUAAGGAACACCCAUGCUUGGGUGAGCAUUUAGGUCUUGUAUCCUAAGGAAACAUUGCCAUUGGAUUUAGCUCAUCCGCUUUAGAGUCCAAAACAAAGCUCUAAAGGCAGUGGGGAUGCGUGGUCUGCAUGCAGAACUUGGGCUGUCAAGGAACAGGCCUCUAAAAUCUUAAGGAUCUGUGCUGUGUUGCCGUGAUCCUGUUGAGGGUUCUUUCACUUCGUCAAGGUCGAGAGGCCUCUGGGUAAAUGUCUACUGCUGAAUGAGCAGGCAAAAGGCUAUCUGGUAACCCCUCCCAGGGCAUGAGAGCUAUUCUGGAAUGUUUGGCAGCAGCUGAAGUGAUGUGGAUUCCUGUGCGUUUAAGUGACUCGCAGCAAAGCUCACUUGAAUGGCACACGGCUAAAUAAAGCACAGCAACACCCACUGGGAAAGGACGUUGGUACUAGCGAAGCAUCUUCAGAAUCAACAGCUGGCAUAAAGAGGAGUAGCAUACCCCACCGAUACUUACAUUUCUAAGAGUCAGUGGGAUCUAAUGAAUGGUGUGUCAGGACUGAACCAGGAAAGCAUCAGUUUGGCAACUUCUCCAUGAAUCUCAUUGGAUCACUUUGGGCCCAGCUGUUCUCUCUUAGCCCAGGGAUGAGGAACCUUUGACCCUCCAGUUGUUGUUGGACUCUCCUCAGCCCCUAGCCAGCUCCCUUGCCUUAAAGCUAAAGGGACCCCUGACCAUUAGGUCCACACGUGGCCGACUCUGGGGUUGCGGCACUCAUCUCGCUUUAUUGGCCGAGGGAGCUGGUGUACAGCUUCCAGAUCAUGUGGCCAGCAUGACUAAGCCACUUCUGGCGAACCAGAACAGCACACGGAAAUGCCCUUUACCUUCCCGCCAGAGCGGUACCUAUUUAUCUACUUGCACUUUGACGUGCUUUUGAACUGCUAGGUUGGCAGGAGCAGGGACCGAGCAACGGGAGCUCACCCCGUCGCAGGGAUUUGAACCGCUGACCUUCUGAUCGGCAAGUCCUAGGCUCUAUGGUUUAACCCACAGUGCCACCCACGUCCCACUCCCUUGCCUUAGUGCUCACCUAUUUUGCGGAGUAGUUGUGAUGAUAAAAUGGAAGGAGAGACUUGGGCUUUACAUGCCGAAGAAUCAAGCAAAUAUACAUUUUAAAGUUCUAGCUGCCAAAUAGCUUUGCUUUUCAGCAGCAGAGGAGGCUGCAGUUAAGGUGAUUGAAAAGCACAUGUAGUUUCACAGAGAUAUUGGCAAAUGCAGCAGCUGGGCUUUAAUCUGAAGGCUUCCAAGUCUCACCCGGCUAGCUCUAAAGUAAGAAACGUAAAAUGGUGUCUGAAAGAACAAGUGCACAGCAGUAGUGGUCCUUAGUUCAAAUAGGUUCCAUAAUGAAUGACAGGGAGUAAGACAGCCUGCCAGGGGCAUGUCUAGGGGUUGACCAGGUUGGCCCCUGCCUAGGACACAAACCCAGGGAGAUGCAAAAUUGCGGGUCUUCACUCUGGCUCGGAAUAGCUAGGAGUUUGCCUGGCCUGUUCCUCCACUUCUGGGGGAGCCUUGGCAAGGGUUGGAGGUCAGUGCACUGAUACACUCCUUGCCAUGGGGACAAGGGAGCCUUGCUACACCUCUGCAGCCUGCCCAAUGAAACUCUGAAAGUCUUUAUGUAUUCAUAUCUCGCCUUUCUUUCAAGGAGCUCACGGUAGUAGCAGAAGUGGUUCUUCCCUCCCUCUCGCAAGAGCCCUGUGAGGUGGGUUUGACUCAGUUACCCAGUGGCCGAGCAGAGAUUUGAAUGUGGGUCUCUCUGGUCCUAGUCUGACACCCUAGCUCAGGAACAGGGAAUCCCCAGACCUGGAGGCCGGAUGUGGUCUACUUGCCUGGCCCUAAAGACUCUGCAAACGACACCCUGGCCUGAGUCCGUGCCCUGCUUCGUGCCUUCCUUGAGUAGUUUCUCCUGGCUGAAACGUGUCCUUGAACUGUGAUAAUGCCUCUCGCUUGCCUGGAUGGAGAGCUUGGUAGGGAGCUUUGUGUUGGCUUUUGUGUGGCUGGUGUGUAGAAUGUGUUACGUCAGUGUUUCCCAAACUUGGACUUCCAGCUGUUUUUGGACUACAACUCCCAACAUCCCUAGCUAGCAAGACCAUCAGGGAUUAUGGGAAUUGUCGUCCCAAAACAACUGGAGGUCCAAGUUUGGGAAACACUGUGUUAUAUCAUUGGUCAACCCACAUUGAUAAUAAUAAUUUUUAUUUAUAUACCCCGCCCAUCUGGCUGGAACCUCGCCCUCUAGCUGACAAGGGUCCUGCAGCCCUGCCAUGACCGAUGCACCACGUUGCCUCUUUUUGAGUUUAUUUCUGUUCAGUGUUCCUCCUGGGUGUGUGAGCGCUUCUGAUGCAGCUGGCCGUUGCCUCCCUUUCCAGACAAAGAGCAUUUGAAAGAGAAAGAGAAGCUGGAAAUGGACUUGGCAGCCCUGCGCUUGACCAGCGAGGAGCAGCGAAGGCACAUCGAAAUCCUGGACCAGGCGCUCAACGGCGCACAAGCCAAAGUUGUCAAGCUAGAAGAGGAGGUAACACCAGACUGUCCUUCUGUUCAGUUCACCGCCCUACACUUUUCUUUCUCUCUCUCUCCCUCUCUCUCACAGACAUGCCCUAUCUGCACUCUGUAUUUAAAUCUCUAUGACUCCACUUUAAACACUCAUGGCUUCACCCUAAGAAUUCUGGGAGCAGUAGUUUGUUAAGGGUCCUGAGGGUUGCUAGGAGAGCUCUGUUCCCUUCACAGAGCUACAAUCCCCAGAGUUUCCUGUGAAGAGGGAUCGAUGAAGGCAAACUCACUAAAGUCCCCAUGAUUUGUUGGGAGAAGGCAUGGCUGUUUAAACUGGUUUAAGAGUGCUUUAAAUGUAUGGUGCGGUUUUGCCCAAAGACAUUUUACUGUUAGCAUUCAUCUGCAGCCUGAUCCUAACCGUGUUUUCUAAGCUAUGCCGCAGAGCUCAGCGGGGCUUACUUCCAAGUUAGUAUAUUUAGGGUUGCUGUCUUACAGCAGCUGCUGAAUAUGUUCCAGCACAUGAUAUGCUUGGUUGCUAGAAACCAAGGAAAUAUGAAACUCCUCCCUAAACAUCCUAAUAUAAGAGAGUGUGACAAGCCACCGUUAUUGACAAAUCAGCACAAAAUCUGAAAUUACUUAGAGGAGCAAAACUCAUGGACAUUUUCGCAGGAGAACGCUGGGACCAUUAGCUACACAAAUAGACCAAAUAUCAGUCUGAAAGGUUUAUGUCAAUUUAUGGAUUAUAUAACGAGGUACUUUGCAUUUAACCUUUGGUAUAUUAUGCAGUCCACUACCAUUCUAAGGGGAUCAAGUUGGGAGGUUCACUAGAAAUAAGGUUAGUGGCAUUUGUUGGGCUUAAACAACUUUGUUAGAUUAGAGGUGGGGAUCUGUAGAGUACUGAAGCCCCCUUCUCUGGUCACUGAACCCCUAUCCCCCCCCCCGAAUAGUUGUCAAUCUUUCCACCAUGAUCAUGAGGUCUGGCAACUUGAUUUUUUUUAAAAAAUGAAAGCUUAGAGUCUUAGGAUCUUGCCUCCUAUCAUAUUGAGAGAGCAGUAAACAACAGAGUCAAACAAACAGCCUCUUUAGUUUAGGACUGAAAGCUUUGACUGGCAGCAGCACAGCAGCGCUUGGGAUUUGCUUCAAACAUAGAAUUGUAGAGUUGGAAGGGGUCCCAAGGAUCAUUUAGUCCAACCUCCUGCAAUGCAGGAGGGACGCGGGUGGUGCUGUGGGUUAAACCACAGAGCCUAGGACUUGCUGAUCAGAAGGUUGGCGGUUCGAAUCCCCGUGACGGGGUGACCUCCCGUUACUCGGUCCCUGCUCCUGCCAACCUAGCAGUUCGAAAGCACGUCAAAGUGCAAGUAGAUCAAUAGGUAUCGCUCCAGCGGGAAGGUAAACGGCGUUUCCGUGCGCUGCUCUGGUUCGCCAGAAGCGGCUUAGUCAUGCUGGCCACAUGACCCGGAAGCUGUACGCCGGCUCCCUCGGCCAAUAAAGCGAGAUGAGCGCUGCAACCCCAGAGUCAUCCACGACUGGAUCUAAUGGUCAGGGGUCCCUUUACCUUUACCUUUUACCUGCAAUGCAGGAAUCUCAGCUAACGCUUCCGUGACAGAUGGAUCACCUUGGUGUCUGAGAUCUGGAGGUGACCGGGUGCAGGGACUUCACCUCCAUAAAGCUUACACUGUUUUCCGCCGUGCGCGAGCUCUGUGCUGUCCCCCUCCUCUUCCUCCUAAUGUCUCUGUGUUACCCCUGUGGCAAUCCUGCUGCCCUCCAGCUGUGCAAGAAGCAAGCUCACGUCGAGAAGGUGGAGAAGCUUCAGCAGGCCUUGACCCAGCUGCAGGCGGCCUACGAGAAACGGGAGCAGAUGGAGCGCCGCCUGCGCACCAGGCUGGAGAGAGAGCUGGAAUCCCUGAGGAUGCAGCAGGUGAGACAGAACUUGGGGUGUUGCAUCUCCCCAAAGUGCCUCUCAGUUCAAACCUAUGGCAACCUGCCAUCAAGAUCGGCUGCGGCGGCCGUUGCGUUGGUGCUGCCCCCCUCCAACACGACAGUCGCUGCACCUUGCGGGGUCGGGAGCAGUCGGUUUGGGGGCUCUGUGGACAUGCUGGCAGAGCCAGUCUGGCAUUGCUGAAGGGGCUCGCAGAAAUAUACCUGUCCAAAGCUCCGCCGCACCACACCUGUGGUGUGUCAAAGCCCACAGUUCAAGCUGGGGUCUCUUCCAUAAAUGUAGCACGCAGGUACCACACCACUGCUGGGCUGCUGGUUUGUUCGUUGUUGUUUUGUAGGAUAGUAUCAUUACAGGUGUUACCUUUUGGAUUUGAUCCCAUACAGUUAGAUCCAGACCAGCCACACAGUCCUCUGCCGACCUACUCAGAAGGAAAUCCCGUUGAAUUCAGCGAGUUUCCCUGUUCAUGGGUAUAGGGGUUGUAGCCAAAAUCAGUUGGCUAUAGUUCCCGUUGGUUUAGUAGGAGCCAAGUUCAGCUGGCAGCCCAUUGCCUGGGGAGUGCGGAUCUGAAGGAAGACACAAUUCGGCUUUCGUCACUAGCCGCAGAGAACCCUGGGAACCAUAGUUUGCUAAGGGUGCUGGGAAUUGUAGUUAUGUGAGGUGUAAGCUAUAGUUCCCAUGAUUCUUUUGGGGGCAUGCUUCAAAUAUGUUUUAAAUGUGUGCUUUGCAGGCAACUCAAGGACCACUGGGAGACUACAUAUCCUGCCUCCCAGGAAUGACAUGACAGCAAGGGAGAGACCAGUUUGACCUAAUAUUUUGGCUAAUAAUAAUAAUAAUAAUUUAUUUAUACCCCGCCCAUCAGGCUGGGUUUCCCUAGCCACUCUGUUGCUCCAAUACUUGCUUUCCUCUUCCCUCCCUGUUCUUUUUUCCUCUUGUAUCAUGCCUAGUAAGUUGUGAGCCUGUAGGCAGGGGCUGCCUUACUUUUUACAAUCUCUGCAAUGCCUAGAAUUUUUUUUUUUGGUCCUUUGCUCAUGUUUAAUAUUAAUAAUCCAACUCCUAGGGAGAGCUGUGCACUUCAAAAUGCUGCUACAGUCAGAUCAGUAGCAUGUGAUCUUGAGUUCUAGUACUAUGCAGGCAAAAGAAUUUCUGUGUAUCUACAAUUUUCACAUCGUUCAUUGGCUGAGCAGAAAAGGCUUUUGAACAUAAAAUACAAAUUUGAAACAACAACCAGCAAUGUCAUUGUGUUGUUAGCCAUAGGCCUGUGAAGCAAGCAUGACAUCUUGAACUUGCAUAAAAAUCCAGCAAGUUAAAAUCUACUGUGAGCCAGUCCUUGCACAGGGACAUCUGGAAAAGUCGUUUGGCUCAAAUUCCUUUUGAAAUGUGGGAAGUCGCUUUCUGGUAUAUUAAAAAUCUGGUGGAUUCUUGUGGUUUGCACAGUCUUGCAAAUCUUAGAAGCUAGGUUUUAUUCACAAAUUCCUGCAAAUAUGGAGCUUUCCAGGAUUGAGCAGUUGCAGUUUUCUGAGAUCUCAUUUUUUUUAAAGUCCACAUUAAGAGUCCCCAGGGGCACUCUCUCAGUUAAAAGCCGAAACUGGAAAACUCCCACUUGAGAUGAGAGUCCACCUGUGUUUAUUCAAUCAUUGGCUUAUACUAAUCCAUUUGCCAGAGGACAAGCUCACAAGACUCGUUUAGUGGGAGCAAAUUCAACUAAAUUCUACCAAUUUAAUGACUUGGCUGCGGGAAACGGCUCCUUUGAUUCAAUUACAUGGCUUUUCUGCGAACGACUUGAUGGGGACCUCGUUGUAGCUGCCAAAUUGGAAUUUAGAGGAUGCCUUCUGGAUAUUUUCAUGCACAGAUGAACUAGUGUAAAAACAGCACCCUGGCACGUCCUGGUAAAUUUCAAGCCAGUUUGGAAAAUUAAUACAUUGGGUUUUGUUGACGUUUGCUCUAAGGAGAGCUUUCAACUUCACUGAGAACCCCCAACAAAUGCCCUCAACUAUUCUGGGUGGAUGGCGUGAAGCCACAUGGGAAUAUCAUUUCCUCUGCAAGAUUGGGUGGGGAAUAAUUUCCAGGACACUGAUCCCCCCUUUAAAAAUUCAUUUUGUGAUAAAGGCAUUGACCCAGCUCAAGUUAGUCAUCACUAAAGACCCACUGAGAGCUAUAGGACGUGGAGCGAGGUGUGGCGGAACUUUUCCCAUUGAUUUCUGUGGGACUUUGUAAUGACUGACGGUAGCUGGAUCAGAGCCUGUGGCCCAAACUGGCCUGGCUGAAGACUAGAGGAGGAGCUUGCCUUGUUUUGUAAAAUGCCGUUAAAUGUGCUGAGUGCAGGGAAGAGACUGCAUCUGAUCUUCUGAUUAUGGGAUACCUAUUAACUCAAGGGAGACAAAUUCUGAAACAGCUAUUUAAACACUCUUCUAUUUAUGGACUGUCAGGUCCCAGACAAGCCUUGCCCCAUAAGCCAUAAACACUUUCCCAUGUGUCCCGCCCCCCCCCCCCCUGGCUUUUUAGAUUAUAUGUAACACACUUUCUCUUCCUGGUGUAGUUUAGCUGGGACACUGACCUACAUACAGUGAAAAAUACCCAUGCUUGCCAGUUGAAAUAUGCCUUGUGUGAGCAGCUGGAAUCCUGUAUCUUAGAUAUGUUUUGACCUAGGGAGCAGGUGACCAGUUUAUCCAGUGCCCAUCCUGAUUUGCCUGCUCAGUGAGCAUUCACCCUGAUUUGUUUGCAGGCAAUUGGAUGCCAUUGCAUAAAAGCAAACAUCGCCCCACUCUGCCCAGUCCAUUUCCCCAUCACUUUCCUUCUCGCAAGCAGUUUGAUCUUUUAGGGAAGUGGGUCUGUGGUGCAAGAAUCCCUUCCAGUCAACUAUAAUUCGCAACACGAAAUUGCCAGUUUGUGAUUGAAUCCCACCCGAAAAUAGACGCAGUCUGGAAUCGCCCUUAUUGUGAUGGCCAAAUCAGUUGCACAGAAAGGCAUUUCUUUUAUCUUGUUUGUCUGCCGAUUUUAAAGAACUUUAUUUGGCUUAAGGUGCAUAUCACCAAAAAUUCAGCCUGCAGCCAAGCCCUAAGUUCAUGCAGCUGAAAAAGCAUAUUAUUUCUCCACUUAGCUGUGUCUCUGCUUCCCUUCCUUCUCCUCUGUUACCGCUAUGUAAGAUUUCAGAUUGUAAGUUCCUCAGGGCAGGGGUCUGUCCUCUUGUGUUUUUUUUUGUAAAGUGGCAUGCACGCUGUUGUGGUAUAUAAAUAAAAUCAAGUUCCACUUUCAAAUAUUGAAGGAAAUGGGAACUAACUUAACAUUUUAAUAUGUACUACCUUUUGUUAGAACAGGGUGGGGGGAUUACUGGGCCAGGGGAGCACAAAGAAAGUGCAUUUACAGGAGAAUGAGUCAUGUGAAAUGUCCUUUCUUUCAAGUAACCACAGUGGUUCAGCAACUGGGGUGGAAUGAGGAAGAAAACUACUGUACUUGUCUACAGCGGAAUGCUUGCUCUCCCUGACCCCAGUUCUGACCACCCAUAUCAGAAGGAAAGUCUGGAAAUCAUUUAAAACCUUUUUGUUAUCACUUCCUGUUGUCCAUGGGACGGAAUUCCUUUGGCCCACUUUUUGCAGCAGACUGACCUGAUUCGAUGUUCCCAAACCUGCUUCCCGGUUGGAAUUCAGCUGUCAGAUUAUACAGUUCUCAGCUUUUGCCGUGUAGUUUUGAUCCCCAAAAGUAUGCACAAAAACCCACAUUUUGCACAAAAAUGCAUUCAACGUGCGUGGGGGCGGGGAAUAAAAGCAGCGAAGCAACAGAAAAUGCAUAUUUUACAGUGAAAGCGAGUGCGGAAUGUGUAAAAUUUACAUGCACCAAAUGUUUUGGUGCAUUCUUUUGGAAUGUCCACAAACCAGGACAAAUCAGACGUAGGACCCGAGUGUCAGCAAACAAAAGACACAGAACAGGGUUACACUGAUCCAAAUCUAUGACACAUUGCUCUCAAGUUCACGUCACAGAAGUCCAGCAGAUACUUUUCUUCUUUAUAGUAUCAGUGCAGUUCCACUUGUGGAGAUUCUCCAGUCCCCAAGUCAUUGGUUUCCUCAUUUCUUCCUCAAUCCCAGUGGGGGGUGGGAGACAGAGACACAUAUUUUCCUGAUCAGUGACUGAACUGUCAAAACAAGGGCAUAUAACAUUAGUGAGGACAACGACAACCUAAACAAUAUCAAGGACUGCCUUCCUCUUUUAGUGGUGAUGGGAAGCGACACACCAUGGAAAUAUUCCACUAAGCACCACCCACUGGUGUGGAUGGGAAAUGGCAGAAUUCCUAUGAGAAACAUGUGGACACUCGCGUGCCAAUGGCACACACGAAUCAGCCAACAUCUGAUCCAACUUGCUUGCAAUAUUAAGUGCCCUUUCUGGAAGCACUGCAAUGCACACUGGAAAAAGCAACCAUCUUUUUUGGUUUUCACACUUCUCCAGAUUUUGGAAAACAGUUCUCUCCUCAAAUAAAAUAAAAUAGCACCACGUGUAAAGAAAUGAAUUUUAGGAUAAAAUGCAUGUAGAAGUGCAUACAAUACACUGAGAUAAAAAUAUGUAUUUUGAGAUGCAUUUUGUGAUAAAAUGCAAAUUUAGGUAAAGGUAAAGGGACCCCUGACCAUUAGGUCCAGUCGUGACCGACUCUGGGGUUGCGCCGCUCAUCUCGCUUUAUUGGCCGAGGGAGCCGGCGUACAGCUUCUGGGUCAUGUUGCCAGCAUGACUAAGCCACUUCAGGCGAACCAGAGCAGCGCACGGAAACGCCGUUUACCUUCCCGCCAGAGUGGUACCUAUUUAUCUACUUGCACUUUGACGUGCUUUCAAACUGCUAGGUUGGCAGGAGCUGGGACUGAGCAAUGGGAGCUCACCCCGUCGCGGGGAUUCAAACCGCCGACCUUCUGAUUGGCAAGUCCCAGGCUCUGUGGUUUAACCCACAGCGCGCAAAUUUAAGUAUAUGUUUUUGUUUAGAUUUCUUUUUAAAAAUGUAAUCACAGAUUAAUGCAAAAAAAGUGACAGAACCAAUCUAUCAAUGAACACAUUUGAAAAUGGCACACGCCAUAGACAGACUGAUUUGUCCAUCUUAUACACACACACAUACACACACACACACACACACACACACCUGUAGACUGAGGUUUAGAUGCUAUAUAUAGAAAGGCAGGAGAAAUAUUGAAAUGUAUAAUAAACAAUAAACAGGUUAGUCUUCAAGGUGCUGCUGAUCACAUUCACAGUGUACAUUUAAAGCCCUGUUAAACCUCUUUAGAAGUUGUUCUAGCAGCGCAGAUGCAUCUAGCACCUUCAUUAUACAGCUUUUGGUGAAUGCGAAAGAUGCACCUCUGUACCCUGGCCUCUGACACCUGAGAUUUGUGUUUUCAGCACCCGCCCUAUUCCUGUGACACUGAUUUGUUUAAUACUCAAUUUUAAAUUGUCGUAACCACCCCUCUGAGGUUUCCUGUUCAAGGGUGGAUGGUGAUGGCAAAAAAUGGUUAAGGGUGCUAAGAAUUGUUAGGAGACCCCCCCCCUCACAGAGUUUCAAUUCCCAGCACCUAUAACAGACUACGGGACGCGGGUGGCACUCUGGGUUAAACCACAGAGCCUAAGACCUGCCGAUCAGAAGGUUGGCGGUUGGCGGUUCGAAUCUCCGCAACGGGGUGAGCUCCCGUUGCUCGGUCCCUGCUCCUGCCAACCUAGCAGUUCGAAAGCACGUCAAAGUGGAAGUAGAUAAAUAGGUACCACUCCAGCGGGAAGGUAAACAGCGUUUCUGUGCGCUGCUCUGGUUUGCCAGAAGCGGCUUAGUCAUGCUGGCCACAUGACCCGGAAGCUGUACGCCGGCUCCCUCAGCCAAUAAAGCGAGAUGAACGCCGCAACCUCAGAGUCGGUCACGACUGGACCUAAUGGUCAGGGGUCCCUUUACCUUUACGUUUAUAACAGACUACAGUACCCAGAAUUCCUCGGAGGAAGCUGUGAUUGUUACACACUGUAUAAGAAUGUGGCAUGUGUGUUAUAGUAGUUAUGAUGCUGGGCUAGAUGAAACUCUGAUUGGCUUCAGCAGGGCUCUUGUUUUUGCUUUGUUUCUGGUGGGCGCUGCUAACUGUGUUUUCGUUUGCUUUUCUCUAGCGGCAAGGGAGCUACCAGGCAGCCCCGCUGCCAGAGUACAACGUCCCUGCGUUAAUGGAACUGGUGCGCGAGAAGGAGGAGAGGAUUCUGGCUCUGGAAGCCGACAUGACCAAGUGGGAGCAGAAGUACCUCGAAGAGAGUGCCAUUCGGCAUUUCGCCAUGAACGCCGCAGCGGCAACUUCCACAGAAAAGUAGGGAAACGGCUAAUGGAAGAAAGAGUCUGUCAGCAUUGUUUGUGUUUGACUUUCUCAAAAGAAGAAAAUGAAAACGUACAUUGGGCUCGAACCUCAAAUCAAUAUAUAGAUCAGGGUUUCCCAAACUGGGGUCUCCCAGCUGUUCUUGGACUACAACUCCCAUCAUCCCCAGCUAGCAGGACCAGUGGUCAGGGAUGAUGGGAGUUGUAGUCCAACAACAGUUUGGGGAACCCUGAUGUAGACAAUAAGCAACUGGAACUUGCAACAAAAACUGUGUACACACUAUAAAGCACAACAGAAAUAUAUUUCCCUACUGGAAAGAAUUCUGAAGGGUUUCUGGGAAUUGUAACUCUGAUGGGUAAGCUACAAUGCCCAGAAUUCUUCGAGAGAAGGAAUGUGCCUUAAAAUUAGAAUGUUUAUGCAGCCAAAAUGCCGUCAUAUGGAUGCCUCUUUUUUGUGUUAUAGCUAGUCACGGCCUCUUCACCCCAUGCCACCCGCACAAUAUCCAUUUUCUCCUCCAACAGUCAGCCAGCAUUUUGUGGCCACAUAAGCAAGCUUGGCCCUCACUGGGAUGCUUUGAAGGCUCCCACACCCACCUGGGGGCUUUCCCUCCUGAAAUAUGCCUUGUGCUCCUGCAAAAUUCUCCCGUGCCUGCUGAUACCUCUUGUCUUGUGUGCGAGUGGUGGCAUUUUAGUCACAAACGGAUCCACAUUUGCCCCUGAACUUCCGAAAGAGUAGGAAAGGGUUUUAUAGUGAAAAAUUAUUCAAAUAGUCUUUGAAUUCUGCAGAAAGGGGGCGGGUGGCGCUGUGGGUUAAACCACAGAGCCUAGGACUUGCCGAUCAGAAGGUUGGCGGUUCGAAUCCCUGCGACAGGGUGAGCUCCCAUUGCUCGGUCCCUGCUCCUGCCAACCUAGCAGUUCGAAAGCACGUCAAAGUGCAAGUAGAUAAAUAGGUACCGCUCCGGCGGGAAGGUAAACAGCAUUUCCAUGCGCUGCUCUGGUUCGCCAGAAGCGGCUUAGUCAUGCUGGCCACAUGACCCGGAAGCUGUACGCCGGCUCCCUCGGCCAGUAAAGCGAGAUGAGCACCGCAACCCUAGAGUCGGUCACGACUGGACCUAAUGGUCAGGGGUCCCUUUACCUUUACCUUCUGCAGAAUUCUUCUUCAGGAAGAUGAUUCGGUGCUGUGGAUAAAGACUUGGCUCUGGGUGUUCUCCAAUAGUGGGUGACUUUUUGGGCGAAUAUAGAUGACCAUUUGUUGUUUGUUGUUGUUUAGUCGUCUUAGUCGUGUUCGACUCUCUGUGACCCCAUGAACCAGAACAUGCCUUGGAAACUAUCACUUUCUUCUCAAAACUUCUCCUUUUUUAUGUCCAUGGAGUUUUCUUGGCAAAAUACUGGAGUGGAUUGCCAGUUCCUUCUCCAGGUGGAUCACAUUUAGUCUAAACUCUUGGCUCUGACCAGUCCGUCUUGGGUGGCCCUGCAUGGCAAAGCAGGUGGUAAAUUGCUAUAGUGGGCAUAUAGCCUCUGUCUGUCUGUCGCGUCCUGUCUAGUGGAAAACUUUACUGCUUUUCUACUGCUUUUAUUUUGGGUUGGGUGCAGAUUUUGGUUUUCAAAAAAAUCUGCUGUGGCUUCAUAUUGCAGAUGACUCACUGUGGGGAGAAAAAACAUAGCUCAGUGUUCAAGUACCUGCUUAGCAUACAGAAAGUUCCAGGUAGAGUAAUGAGAGAGUAAUUAGAUUUAGUUUACAUUUAAAGGCAAACCUACCCAGCACUAGGGAUGCGGGUGGCGCUGUGGGUUAAACCACUGAGCCUAGGACUUGCCGAUCAGAAGGUUGGCGGUUCGAAUCCCCGCGACGGGGUGAGCUCCCGUUGCUCAGUCCCUGCUCCUGCCAACCUAGCAGUUCGAAAGCACCUCAAAGUGCAAGUAGAUAAAUAGGUACCACUCCGGCGGGAAGGUAAACGGCGUUUCCGUGCGCUGCAGCUUAGUCAUGCUGGCCACAUGACCCGGAAGCUGUACGCCGGCUCCCUUGGCCAAUAAAGCGAGAUGAGCGCUGCAACCCCAGAGUUGGCCACGACUGGACCUAAUGGUCAGGGGUCCCUUUACCUUUACCUUUUACCCAGCACACACUUUCUGAAAUGUUGACAUGAACCAAAACAUAGCCAGCUUUCUCCAUAUCUUGCAGUACAGUUCUUCAGCCGAGUAUUUUGUGUUCCAAAAGUGUGUUCAAAGGUAAAAUGUGCACAGGAGUGCUAACAGUAGUCAAUGCAUUAUAUUAGGGGAAAUUGCUUUGCAAAAAUGUGUAUUUCUGUAUCUUGUGAAUGUAGCUUGUUUAUGUUUAAUACUGAAUUUUAAAUUUUUGUGACCUGAAUAAUAAUAAUAAUAAUAAUAAUAAUAAUAAUAAUAAUAAUAAUUUUAUUAUUUAUACCCCGCCCACUCUGGGUGGCUCACAACAGAAUAUUAAAAACAUGAUAAAAUAUCAAACAUAAAAAACUUCCCUAAACAAGGCUGCUUUCAGAUGUCUUCUAAAAGUCAGAUAGUUGUUUAUUUCCUUGAAAUAUGAUGGGAGGGCGUUCCACAGGGCAGGCGCCACUACUGAGAAGGCCCUCUGCCUGGAUCUUGCUGGUGAAUGGUAGGUGGUAUUAAGUAAAUAACUAAGUAGGGCAAAAUUGCAUACACAAAUGUGAAUAAAUGAAUUAAUUAGUAUACCACCCUUCACCUGUAGAUCUCAGGGUUGUUCACAAUAUAGGAGAAAUGCACACCAAGUGGAUGAAUUUUCAUGGGGACUUAAAAAGAAAAAAAAGACUCACAAACCAAUGUGGAAAUGUGGAGAACAGAACAUAAGAGUGGAGCUAUGAAAAGCUGUAUUUUGACAGCUCUGCCCAUCUCUGGCUCCGUGUUCAAUCCCACGCCUCUACAAUUAAAAGGACCAAGAGACAGAUCUCCCUCUGCCAGAGACCCCUGGAGAGCAGCUGCCAGUCAGAAUAGAAAACAUUGGGCUGGAGAUGCAAAUAUUCUGACCUAGUAUAAGGAAGAUUAUUUAUGCUCCUUAUCUUUUGACCAAAUCAAAACUGAAGGUUCCCCCCCCCCCUCUGUCUUUCUCUCUCUCGUUGCCAGAGAUGCCUCAGCCAUUAAUCACUCGCGGAACGGGAGCUACAGUGAAAGUUCCCUGGAGGUCCGCAUGUGGCAGGAGGAAGAAGAGAUUUUGCAAGCCAACCGACGGUGUCAGGACAUGGAAUACACGUAAGGAGCAGCUGUCAAGUAGCUACCGUGGGAUUUACAUGAGCACCCGCAGCGCUGAAGCCUCUUGACUGUCCUGAUAUUCUGGCAGGCACACCAAUUCAACACGAUCGCGUUAGCCCUAUGCCAAGGCAUGGCAGUGGGAACAUAGGGGCAGGCACAGUGUGAAUGCGCAGCCCGACUCUCCCUCUGACCUCAUGAGCACCCAAAUAAGACUCUAGUAAAAGCAUGCUUUACCCAAUACUGUGGAGGCCAGGUAUAUAUACAGUGGUACCUCGGGUUAAGUACUUCAUUCGUUCUGGAGGUCCAUUCUUAACCUGAAACUGUUCUUAACCUGAAGCACCACUUUAGCUAAUGGGGCCUCCUGCUGCUGCUGCGCCGCCGGAGCACGAUUUCUGUUCUCACCCUGAAGCAAAGUUUUUAACCCGAGGUACUAUUUCUGGGUUAGCGGAGUCUGUAACCUGAAGCGUAUGUAACCUGAAGCGUAUGUAACCCGAGGCACCACUGUAUGUAUGUGCUACAGCAGCCACACCCAGCUUUGAGUGGCCGGUUAAACCAGGUGAGAGUAGCCAGUGGCUCUCAAACCCUCGGUGGGUUACGGACUUCCCCUGCAAGCAAAGACAGGCUCCGGCAGAUUGACUGGACAAAACCAAUAGUGGGUCCGACAGUCAAGAAGGCGGUUUCUGCAGAUGAUGUGUAGAGGGAAGUGAGGGGCAGAUGGGGCUUGGCAACCUGGGAAGGUAGCCCAUUCAAGAGAAGGAAAACUCUGCUGCCUUUGAGAUAUCUUCAGGAGAAGAAAAGGCUAAGGAGUAAACCCUACACCAGGGGUAGGCAACCUAAGGCCUGGGGGCCGGAUGCGGCCCAAUCGCCUUCUCAAUCCGGCCCACGGACGGUCCAGGAAUCUUGUGUUUUUACACAGGAAUCUGUCCUUUUAUUUAAAAUGCAUCUCUGGGUUAUUUGUGGGGCAUAGGAAUUCGUUCAUAUUUUUUUUCAAAAUAUAGUCCGGCCCACCAGGGACGGCUGGAAAAGGUUGCUGACCCCUGCCCUACACCAAUCCAGAGGGGAAUCCCUAAGGCAGUUGGAUGGUGUCUUGUAUGCCUCCUUCCAGCAACUCCUGGUGCCAAACGUAUUGCUCUGCUUUCCUUUGGACCACAUCAGUGAGGCCGGGAGAGGGGUCUUGUUGUCUGGGCAGCCCAGGACUUGCAUACAUGCUGCUCAGGCUUGCGCCCCAGGGAGGGCACUUAGGUGCUGCUAAUGUAGCAGUUUGAAGGUGCACUCCAUUGUCUCUGGAGACAGACAGGUGCCAUCAAUGUGUAUGAAGGAGCAGUUUUGAGUUCCAGACAUGCUACUGUUUGGUUAUUCAAAACAGUAUGUAGGGCAUUCCUCUUACCUUAUUAAGCACUUGGGAAAAUUUUGCAUUUUGAUUCAUUUCAAAUUGAAAUUAGAGUUUUAAUUGUGCAUUCUCUGUGCUAAGGAAUUUAAAGGUUCUGAACCUGGAAAGCCUGCUUUCUGCAACCUGUGAAAAUUGAGCGGAUUUCUGCAAAUUUUAUAAUGUUGCAGUCAGGUUGAUUCCACAGAUAUUCUCCCUCUGCGAUAAACACUCACUGUCAGAUGCAGGAAACUAAAUAUACACCAUGUCCAUUGAUAAACAGACUUUGCAAACUCCUACAGUUGCAGUUUGCAGUAUCUUUAAACAGAUACCGGUACUAAAACUGAAUUUGUCAUACCAGCGUUGUGGGACCAGACCACCUCCUUUCAAGCCUCUUCUCAUCUCUGGAAUAUGUUUUUCUGCAUAUUUUAACAGGAUAAAGAACCUGCAUGCAAAAAUCAUAGAGAAAGAUGCCAUGAUCAAAGUGCUUCAGCAGCGGUCCAGGAAGGACCUUGGCAAAACUGAUGCUUCAAGCUUGCGACCUGCUCGGUCGGUCCCAUCCAUUGCUGCAGCCACUGGAACUCAUUCCCGCCAGACGUCCCUCACCAGCAACCAGGUGGCCGAGGAGAAGAAAGAAGACAAGACUUGGAAAGGGAGCAUAGGUGAGCUUCGGUGUUAGCUGGGCCCUGGCAAAGAGAUUCAGCUCUCCCCAUCUCUUAGUAGAACAGCUUUGGACUACAACUCCCAUCAGCCCCUGCCACCUUAUGCGUUGGCCCCACCCAUUGCAGUCCAAAACAUAGGGAGGGCACCAGGUUGGGCAGGUCUGCUUCCGCUGGUUCUUGUUGCUUUUCUGGCUGUUGUGUUUUAUGAAAGUGGAUUGUUGUUGCUUUGCUUGCCAAGUGAGUGGAUGAAUUUAUUUGUUGUUACAAACAUCAUGGUCAUUUCAACCAUCACUAUAUAUAUAUAUAUAUAUAUAUAUAUACACACACACACACACACACACACACACACACUUUACAUAGAUACACCAUUACAAGGCAGAAUCACUCAAUUCAUACAUACAGUGUGUGUGUGUGUGUGUGUGUGUGUGUGUGUGUGUGUGUGUGUAUUUGUUGUUGCUUUUGCUUACUCUAUAUUGAUUGGUGUUUUAUUGUGUUGCAGUUUUUAUGGAUUUUUAUGGGGACCCUGUGAUUGAAGAUGCAGGGUGAAAAUGACAAUAUAUAAAAUAGCACCAAAGGAGGAGAUCAGCCAAUUAAAAAUGCUUGGUCAAUGCACUUGGUCAAACAAAAGCCCUUGGCAGCUGGGGAUUCAAACUUUAUAGCACUUUGAACUUAGGCAACAACAAUAAUAAUAAUACUGAAAUAUAAGUGGCACACGCACAAUCAAUUUAAAAUAAGCAAUAUUAUUUUUUAAUUCAUACAAGAGCAAGCAUAUGUCUUAGGUAUUUGCUGAGUCAAAUAACCACAUUUGUUUCCAUUAAGUGGCAAAGUUUAAAUGCAGAACAUUGUCAGUGGUGCAUUCGCGUUUAAAUUAUUAUUAUUCUUUGCAAUUGACACAGAGUAUUAGUUAGUUCAAAUCCAGAUCUGAUGUUCAGCUCCCACAUUCCACUACUUUGGGGGCCUUUUUUCCUGCCUUCCUCCUUCCGCCUCAGGCUACCUAUCUCUUUAUCCCUUACUUCCCAGCUUUGUGAAAGUUCUUUGUAGCCUUCCAAGUAAAGCUGCUUAUUCCCUUUCUUUCCCCAGGACACUCUUGGCCAAAUUGGCAACUUACCCUUCCCUCACUGGACUUUUACUGCAAACGUCCCGCCUGCUUUGUUCUCUCAGCAGUUGGAAUGUUUGUGGACAUUCUGUGCCACCACACCAUCUUCAGCUAGUAUGUUAUCAAAAAGCUUCACUGUGGCAAGCAGGGACAGUACAGCCACGCAGACCAGUCAUUUCCUAGUCAUUGCUUACAAUUGUUCACGUUCUUCUUGUUGGUUCCAUGGUAUUGACAUUUUUAAUCUAAAUUGCUUGGAUGGGAAAGACAAAAUAACAGAGAUGGGGCAUAUCUGGUGUUUUAUAUUGUGUGUUGUAUCUCUCCCCCCCCCCCUUUUGUUUUAACAUUCUGUGUGGUUUAUUUAAACCAUUUUGAGCCUUUGGGAAAAUAGAGUAGAACUUUAAUUAAACCAAUGGGGUCCUUUCCCUCUCUUGUUUCUCCUGCUCCUCUAGGAUUGCUCUUAGGGAAGGAGACCCAGGACCAGGCGCCCAUCCCUUUGUUGCCACCUCCACCUCCUGCCACACUGUCUUCUGGAAUGUCCUCGUGGCCGGUGACUGUCUGCCACACUAAGACGGGCAGCAAAGAUAGCAGCACUCAGACGGACAAAGCCUCUGAACUUUUCUGGCCAAACUCUGCCUCUUUUCCGGGCAGAGGGAAGUUGACUAACACCCCGGGCGGCAGCCCAGCCCUCAGGCACACUGCAGGCAGAGGCGUUGGAGAGAGGCUGGGUGAGUAAAUUUGAACGCCAUGGGCCUGGGAACAGGAGCAGGGCAGGAAGGGUGUUUUGAACUGCAGUGUGCAGAACCUAGAAUUAUGAAAUUCUGUCUCCAGAAAAGAAAGCUUUAAAUAGACCGUUGCCUUGCCUCCGCAAUAGACUGGACGAGAGAUGAACUGAUGCUCAAUUCAGAUAAGGCUGAGGCACUGUUGGUAGGAGGUUCCCUAGACCGGAUGGCUGGGAGGUUGCCUGCUCUUGGUGGGGUUAUAUUCCCUCUGAAGGAGCAGGCACCUAGCUUGGGGGCUACUUCUGGACCCUUUGCUGUUGCUUGAGGCUCAGGUGGCCUUGGUGGCCCAGAGUGUCUUUUCUCAGCUUCAGCUGGUGGCCCUAUCUGGACAGAGAUAGCCUAACUUCUGGUGUCCAUGCUCUGGUAACCUCGAGGUUAGGUUACUGCAACACGUUAUACAUAGGGCAGCCUCUGAAGGCAGUUCAGAAACUUCACUUGGUGCAGAAUUCAGUGACCAGGUUUCUCACCGGAGCAAGAUAAGCUUGAGCACGUCCACACCAAUCCUGAUCCAACUGCACUGGCUGCCUAUCAGUUCCCAGGCCCAAUUCAAAGUGCUGGUUUUUGACCUAUAAAGCCUUAAAUGGCCGAGGACCACAAUACCUCAAGGACCACCUUUCCCCAUACGAACCAACCAGGACCCUCCAAUUAUCUGAGGCUCUGGUGUGCUUCCUCCUCCAGAGAUCUGUAGGGCGGCAACAUGAGAAUGUGUCUUUUUGUUUAGGAUUGCGUAUCAGUUCUAAAGGAACAAGUUAUAGCUCCUUCCACAGGCAGUGCCUUAAAUCUGAUUUAUAGCAUCACAGAGUGCUGUACCCAACCCCCAAAAUAUCUCAGAUUAACUCCAGGAGACCGUCACUUACCUCUGAAGGUCAAACUGCAUGUUGCAUUAUAUAAAUUCCAUUAUUCUUCCCCCCCCCCCCGCCCCAUUUAUUUUUAUGCAGGGCAGCUGUAGGUGGCUGCAAGGUUGAGUGGGUGUCUGGCAGGGGAAGAGAAUCUGCUGCACCCUUUCACUGCCAGCUGGUUUGCUUGCUCAGAAUUGCUCCAAUAGCUUCUGCUUUCCCAUAUCUGGGGGACCUGGGUGAGACACGUGGUUCCCAUAUUUCCCCCCAUGGAAAGCAGCACAGUUUUAAGCAAUCAGCAGCCAGCUGGUAAGAAGAAAACGGUUAAGUAGACUCUGCCCGCCCCCAACUUCCCUUCUUCCGCUAUCAGUUUUCACUUUAACUUUGAUGCCACUCACAGUGUUUUUGCAAGUCUCCUCCACACUGUGCACUUAGAAUGCUUUUAUACCACUUUAACCAAAGAGUCCUGGGAACUGUAGUGUGUUAAGGGUGCUGAGAAUUGUCAGGCGACCCGCCCCCCGCAGAGCUACAGUUCCCGGCGCCCUUCUCAAACUACAGUUCCCAGAAUUCUUUGGAGGAAGCCAUGAUUCUUAAGAGUGGAAUAAGAGUACUUUAAAUUUGGUGACCAAGCCACACCCAAACAAUUGGGAAUUGUGGUAAUGCAAUGUGCACUUUUGGGACGCAGGUGGCGCUGUGGGUUAAACCACAGAGCCUAGGACUUGCCGAUGAGAAGGUUGGCGGUUCGAAUCCCCGUGAAGGGGUGGAGCUCCCGUUGCUCAGUCCCUGCUCCUGCCAACCUAGCAGUUCAAAAGCACGUCAAAGUGCAAGUGGAUAAAUAGGUACCGCUGCAGUGGGAAGGUAAACGGCGUUUCCGUGUGCUGCUCUGGUUUGCCAGAAGCGACUUAGUCAUGCUGGCCACAUGACCCGGAAGCUGUACGCCGGCUCCCUCGGCCAAUAAAAUGAGAUGAGCGCCGCAACCCCAGAGUCUGUCACGACUGGACCUAAUGGUCAGGGGUCCCUUUACCUUAAUGUGCACUUUGGCCCCAAGAUCAACUUUUGCCCUCUUCACUGUUUCUCCGCAGAGAACUCUCCCAGCCAUGGCAAGCUACCGGACAGCAGCAAAGGCGGCAGGGUCAGCAGCCUGCUUCACAAACCUGAAUUCCCAGAUCCAGACAUGAUGGAAGUCCUUAUCUGAAGCUACAGUUCUCAGGUGCUGCCGUUUCCCCUGCUAGUGCACAUAGCCCCCUGAAGGAGGGUGCUGCCGUCGUUGGCACUGUUGCUGCUGCUGCCAUGCAAAACUCGAGAGCUCUGGAGAAUGGUACAAAACCAGACCAAAGAAGUUUAGAUCUAGAUGGCAAAUGAGACUUUUUAACAAAGCACAGAGCAUGUGAGACGUUGGAGAUGGGACAUUUGGGAUACCUGCUACGUACAAUCAUUAAAAAAAGUACAUUGGCCAACGAGAUGUGGAUUUGAAAGAGCGAUGGCAAAAGGAAGACAUGGGCAUCUGCAUUUUCUGUCGGGGGGGGGGGGAGGAACUUUGGAAGGCACGGUCAGCAUGCCAAGGACAAUUCUGCAACCACCAAGUCAGUGGUGGUUGCUUUUUUAAUCACCUGCUAGCUAACCAGAGCAGCCACAUUCCCUCUGUGAAAUGUUUUGUGCAACGUGCACCCCUGGGACGAGGGAGCAGGACUUCCCUAUAUUUAGACAUCAUCCCACUGCCUUCUUCCUGCUGUUUUUGUUUUCAUCUCCCUCCUACCCACCUUUAUAGAGAGAGAGACAUGGUUAAAAACAGGGUGCGGAACAACGUGCCCUUCUGAUAAAUUUCCGCAACUCUUCGCCUCUAUUUAAUAUUUAUUGAGCAACGACAGCAUGCGGUUGCCAGCACAGAAGCAGCAGGGUCCUUCCUUGCUAAGAGGGCUUAGAACAUGGGUAGCUGAUGGGGGGGCCCUCCAGAUGUGCUUGGAUUAGAGAGCUCCCUUUCGCCCCAGCUGAGAGCCAGGAGUGAGCUAUAGCCCUGUAACAUCUGGAGAGCACAACGUUGGCUGCCACUGGCUUCAAAUCUAAUGUUAUCUCACGCAUUACAGGUGAGACAUAGUUACCUCUUUCCAGUAGUAGUAGUAGUAGUAGUAGUAGUAGUAAUAAUUUUAUUAUUUAUACCCCGCCCCUCUGACUGGGUUUCCCCAACCACUCUGGGCGGCUGGGUUGUUCUGCUGGGGCAAGAAACCUACCAGCCAAACAAAAACAGUCAUUAAAAAGCACCUUAAAACCUGAUUUGUGGUCUCAUAAACUUUCAUGGGCUUAGAGUUUCGAGCAGGGGAUGUUCCCAGCUCUUCCUGGAGAUACUGAGGUAUUGACCUUGGGAACUUUCUGCUUUAUCGCUGAACUAUGGCUCUCCCUUGUCAAAUACAGGCAUGGAAUCCUAUGUAACAACAGCAUAGGCAGAUGUCUGGGUGGUUUCAAGUAGAUCAGCAAGGAUUUUUCAUUCCCGCUUGUUUAAGAACGGCAGCAGAAAAUGCCCCCUCCCCCAUUAUACUGCUGAAAUUAAGAAAACUGGGUGAGGGGGAGCAAGAGGUAACCAGCAGAAUGUGCUUGGGGUGUGUGAGUUCAGUUCUCAGAACAGAAUUCCCAGACUCGGAAACCUUUAAGUGUAAAUGUACGCCUUUUGCACCAAUUGCGGUUGGCGGUUCUCAGGAUUCUUGUAUAAAAACAAAGUCAGUCCCACAGUCCUGAGGUCUGCCCACUGCUACUAUAAACAGGUUCGUUUCAGUGUCCCUUUUCCUAGGUUUUCUGCUAGUUUUCCAAAACUGUUCGAUGUGUGGCCGUGCAUGUUUUGCAAGGGCUAUAAGCUUUGCUCUUCCGUCUCGUGCAGGUUCUGUGAAAAUGCUGAGCAGUUUAGCAGUGCUUUGUCUAUCAAACCAACCACCAAGCUCUUAACCCUAACUCUUAGAGAUUCAAACAGUGGUAUGCCAUCUGCUUUGUGCAUUUAUCCCAACCAGCAAGGGUGACUGCAGGAAGCCACACAGCUUGCCCUGUUGUCUUUGUUGAAGGACAAGUGGAAACUGAGCAUAAUACAUACUCUUCCCAUGUGUGAUUCCUGGCAAAUGGAGGGCACAGCAAAAGCCAACAUGAUUAGUAGCCACUGACAGACUUGUCUUCACAUACAUGCAUCAAGAAGACAUAGACAAACUCAGCCUCCUAUGUCAUACAUGCUUGGCUCAGCAACACUUAGCAAAUGGGAUCCAAAGGUAAGUUUCACUUAGUUCCUGUUGGAAAUCAGUGGGACAACUUUCCACGUUGGAUUUCAAUGGGACCCGAAGUUCAGCUAACUAAUCUGGAUCCAGCCUGUUACGUUUUUGCAUUUUCACACAGGAUUGCUAUGGAUUUAUACUUGGCCAACAGGGUUUUGUGCGCCGUUGUUGGUCUGGGGAGGUGGCUGGGGAUGUGCAUUUGCACCCGUGUCGUUAGGGAAUAGGGACCGUGCCAUGCCAAUAGGGAUUGCAUUGGGUGUCUUUAGUUUUUUCCCCAUUGAUCAGUUGCUGCUGUGCUGUACUCUCUUUUUCUGAAUGAACCAUUCAAUAAGCUUCUGUACAGUGCUAGCAACUAUUUGUUCCAAGAAACGGUCUCCAUAUUAACACCCAAUGUUAAUACCCAAUGUUAACACCCAAUGAUGAGGCGGUAUGCGCAAAUAAGCCUCCCAGAGCCUGUAGAGGCUGUCAGCCCUCAAAACAACUGUAAACAGCAGCACCUAGAAAUUCCACACACACUUCUCCUUGCCCUACCCUUCAGACAAGGAGAGAGCCUUGCUGCCUUUUGCUAGAAAGAAAUCAAGGGCUUUCCUUGUUCCCUCUAGCACAGGGAUGAAGAACCUGACACCUUUCAGAUGUUCUUAGACUCCAACUCCCAUUGGCCCUAGCCAAUGGGGCCAAUGUUUUGGUAUGAUGGGACUUAUUGUCCUUCAACAUCUGGAGGAUUACAGGCUCCCUAUCCAUGCAUAGUGCUGCAUUCCACAAGAGUGAACAGGCAGCACCAGGGACUCUGUUUGCAUGGGUAGGGGCAUGGGGAGAACUGGAAAGGCAUGGCUGGCUGGCUGGCAGUUUGGUGGACCUACUACAGUCACUUGGAGGCUACUUCAGCUUCUCAUUAUUAUGGAACAAACGCAGGAACCAGGGCUGUAUGUGACAUAGUUUGCUCAUUGUGCUGGUCCCGAGGUGCAGUUUUAGGAGAAUUCUCCUGCAGUUUCCUCCUCCUGUAUAUCUAUAUUGAUGUGCCUUUGUACUUGUAGCAUUCAGUUAAGCACCACUUACAACAACAUCCCAAGGGUAAAUUUACAGUGUCAAUGACGCUUGCGUUUGGCAGGCAACUUUCUGCAGACGAACUCCGUAUAUAUUUGAAAAUUUACAGCCCAAAGGAUCAGGAAAGUCCAUGCUUGCUUCUCUAGUUGUGCUUGAUGUUUUAAUGCAAAAAAGAGAGGUUUCUCUAGAACACCCCAAGUUAGAGCAGAGUGUAUGUGGAAUACUGCUGUGACGACUAAAGUGGUGGCUUAACCUUUAGCAAAAACGUUUCUGCCCCUCCUUGAACACCUUGGCUUGUGUGUUACAGUAUUGUGCUGUGUGACACUUGUGUUGUAUUAAUAUUACAGGUAAACGGGUUGUAAGAUAACGUCAGAUCGCUUCCCUCCCCCUUCCCCCAGUUGUCCUUCUGUUGUACAGAAUGGCUGGUGUAGAGCAUCGUUCAGCUGGAGUGUGUUUGUACAUACAUGGGGCAGGGAGGAAUCAAGGAGUUUAUACACCUCCCACGAGAAAUACUGAUGGCCUUGGGCCUGCCAAAGAUUUUUCUCCUCUGCUGCUUAAAUUUGUGCCUUAAUAUUGUAUAUAAUAAACGUAUACAGUGGUGCGC